GGGGUUUAGGUGUCUGUGCUGUUUAUAUCUAUUUCCCAGGCUGUCAAUUCUGCAGCCAAUAGAAUUCCAGGACGGUUUGACAUCACGAUCCAAUGUCCAAUCAGAGCUUGUGUUCCUUUCCGGCGGGUAGUUUGGAGAGAGUACAGUUGCCAUGGUAACGCGGCCCAGCUAGGCCCCAGCAGCCCCGAGGUGAGCAGAGUAAGGUAACCCGUCACCAUGUUCAGAGCUCGGGGACUGUCUCUGCGGCAAGAGCGCGGCGUGCCCGAGUGUGAGCGGACCAAGUUCAUUAAAGUGAGUUUCUCUCUACCCUCAGCUCGUGAAUAAAGCAGGAGAUCAUGGGUUAAAUCCCUCAGCGAGCAGUCAGCCAAGUGAUAAAUCGCCCAUUAUCCUCUAAUGGAUUGUGACCAUAGAAAGUGUGCUGAGAAUGGGGCUAAAUAUGGCAUAAUCCACCAUAUCAAUGUGUGUGUGUGUGUGUGUAUACUGGAGUUUAUAUAACUAUCUUCAAUGUAUUUACAACAAAAUUCUCAUUUAUCUUGCUUUAUCAGUGUGUUUUUUGUUUUUUUAACCUAAUUUACCUAAAACAACCUAAAUUAGCUGGAAUUAAUUAUGUCAACCAUUCCACAGCUAUAAUAUAUGACAAAAAUAACAAUAAUAAUAAGAAUGGAAAUCCACAAAUCUCACGAAGCGCCAGUUUAUUGUCCCACAGUUUAAAGUGAUACUGUCAUGGUGCCUUUGCAUUUUUAUUAUUUUACAUAUGGUUUUUUGGUUUUUUUUUUUCAAAACAACUCAGGUGACAAGUACGUUUCUAUGUCGGUGACUCGAGGAGUAGGUUAGAAUAUAUGUCUAUAUACUAUAUGUCUAUCGUCUUGCUACUAUUUUUUUUAUUUUAUUUUUUUAUUUAGCUCCUGGUGGCUUCAGUCUCCUCCGCUAAUUCAGCUGCAUGUGCUAAUUCUCUUGCAUUUGCUUUGUUUACAUGAGACAAAGUACCCCUGAGUUUGUCGUUUGUAUAUAUUUUGAUAGCGUUGUUAUUUUUAAAGGUCCUUCUUUAUUUAUGUUUUGGAGAGAAUGCAAGUUGGAGAUUUCACUGGAGUCUUUUGUUAAAAUAAUGUCUACAUGGAUAAGAUUGCUUUUAACCCCUUAAGGACUAAACUUCUGGAAUAAAAGGGGCUCAUGACAUGUCACACAUGUCAUGUGUCCUUAAGGGGUUAAAUGAGUAAGAUCAAUUCUGUCAACAUACCAUUUCAUUUUUACUAUAAGACCGGACUUGACAAAUUUGCUUUAAAUCUAGGAGCCAGCUAAAAAAGUUAGAACCCAUUUUUUUUGUUUUGUUUUUAAACUGACAACGCUUUAUAUUAAAUGACAAAAAUACAAUUCUUAAAGGAACACUAUAGUCACCAGAACCACUAAAGCUUAAUGUAGUGGUUCUGGUGUCUAUAGCCUGUCCUUGCAGGCUUUUCAGGCUUUCCUAGUGACACCUCUAGUGGCAGUCACUCAGACGGCCAUUCCAGGUGGUUCCUCUGCACGCUCUGCAUGGAGACGCUGAACUUUUCCCAUAGAGAUGCUGACUGGUGUAGUAUUUUGAAUAGAAUUCGCAAUAGCCUCCAAAUGCUUUCCUAUGGGAAAACAUUGGAUUGGCUGAGAGCAUCAAGCUUGAAAAUCUCAGCCAUAGAGGUUGGGCCAGUUAAGGGGAGUCCAGCACGGCAUGGGGAAAAAAUGGUGAGUAAAAACACUGUUCAUUUGCGAACAGAGGGAGGCUGGUCACUGAAACACACACCAUUACAGACACACACACACACGUACCAUGACAGACAGACUCACACAUUAUUGCUUGUUUCAAGAAAAUCUGCCUACUCUGGGGUCCAUUGAGCAACCGGCUCGGGAAUGUGGAGGCUGUCUGACUGCGCAAAUAGUAGGCGGGCUGCGAGGGAGAUGUGAUGUCCCUGCUCAACUCCCUUGUGCUCUGCUUAGUGAGGCUGGAAUUUGACGUCAUAUUCCAGCCCCACUGAGUCACGCACGAGUGAGCAUAUCAGGGACACCACAGCUACCUCGCCGUCUGGCAACAAUACGCACAGUCAGCCGCCCACCUCCACAAUCCCCCAGCUUGCCACCCGCCUUCACUAUCGCCCAGCCGGAUGCCUGCCUCAGACGUAACAGGCUCACAUAUCCCAGGCGCCAAGGCACAAUUGCUGGCGCCUGGGAUUUUUCGAGCGGUAUAGAUAUACUGCAUCUUUAAAGAGUUAUUGUUUGUUUCCUAGAUUUGCAAUUUAGUGGUAAAGUAGUAUGCAACAUCUUUAAUAUGGCUCUGAUAUUAUCUGUGCCAUACUAUUCUUCAUUAACCCUCUAAAGAGAGAGGCAGUUGUUAAAGUUCUGAACCAAAAUAAAACUUAGAUUUUGUGCUAUGUGUUUGUUCCAUUGUAAUUUAUGGGGUUCUCUUUAAAAACAGCAUUGUCACUCCCUUCUUUAUGAAAUACUCAUAUUGACUGUGGUGGAUUUUUUUAACUGAAAUUCUAAUCAGUCAAAAGAUAUCCUGAAACUACUUUGUCUCCGUAUUUAUCCUACGCUUGACAAAAGGCGGGAACUAACUUUUGUCAAGCUUGUCAUUUACCCCAGCCAUCACCAGUGAUGGCUGUAGGGAAAUUAAGCUCCACCAUAGAAAGAGCUUUAUUUUCCUACUGAUGCUGAAGAUUCAAUCUUUAUGAAACAAUCUAUUUUUGAUGUAGGGGUGAGAGAGCUGCUUUAACCCCUUAAGGACACAUGACGUGUGACAUGUCAUGAUUCCCUGUUAUUCCAGAAGUUUGGUCCUUAAGGGGUUAAAAAAGUAGUGGUCUGUGAUUGCCAUCUACUGGCUGUUUUCAUAAUGACAUUCUAUGUAAUUAUGAAUGGAGGCUGUUUCCAAGCCAAUAACACUGUGAUAGGUGCUGGGCAACUUGCAAAGCCCAGCACUGAUCACAUUUGGCUUGGGAAGCAAGGAGACCCUGCCUUGGUCUACUCAGUCCAUUGGGGAUCUCGCUUAACAAACUUGUAGCCCAGAAACACCAUGACUGAGCGCGAUCGCUUAGCUGCAGUGUUAUAAAUUAAUUUAAAGGACUGUAAGCAGCGCUGUCUUCCAGUGCUGCGUAGCGCUCAAUGGCCCCAGCUGACAGAGAGGGUAUCCAGGAUAUUCUCGGGUUUCCGGGUGUGAGCAGGGAUUUAACCCUGUUCACACCGCAAUCUAUUCAUAUGCCUUUAAAUGCCUAUUUCAAAGAGCCGCUUGUAGCGCUGAUUUUCAGAACUGCAUGCAGCUCAUCAAAAAGGUUGGGGCCACUAAUAAUGGCCCCAGGUAUCGAUAAAUACUUGGGGUUUCCUGUUGUGAGCAGGGAUUUAAUCCUGAUGUGGUCAUUAUCCUUAUAGUUUAACAGAAUUGUCAUUUUACAAAAGUGCAGAUAAGCAACGGCGGUGCUGAUUAUGUGUUUUUCAAAUCCAUAAAAAGAUGUAAUGAAAAGAAUUCAGCUACCUUUGUUUUGUUAAAUCAGUUAUAUAUUGUUAUUACUAUUUAGCAAAGAACAGUGAGGCUUGGGAAAAAAAUAAUGAGCUUUUGUACCACUGUAUUUCAUAUGAUCUUGUUUCCAACAGAUAUUUCAAAUAUGCGAUGAAGGUAAAAAAGGUUAUUUAAGCAGAGAAGACAUGAAAGUGGCCAUUACAAUGCUGUUUGGUUAUAAACCUUCCAAGGUAAUGUGUUUUACAUCCAUAACCUGGUUUGUAGCUGGUGUGUGAUACUAGAUCCUUUACCUUCAGUAACUAUGUUGUAAGUGAUAACUGUGGCUUCUGCAACAAAUAUGCUUCUUGAGUAGAAACAAUGGUGAAAAUGUAAAGGAAUUGCAAUUAAAUAUAAAUUCCAUUUUAUUUGCUGCACACUGGCCUCUGUGCUUCACAUAAAGGUGUGACAGCUGCUCAGUUAUGGACUGUCACUCAAUGCUGUACACAGUGAGAGUCUAGUCACCAGCUAGCAUAAUUUAACAUGCUCAUUUUCAGCAGAGAGAACUUUAAUGGUGGUCUGCCAUGAGUUGAGCCAGCCAGCCUGAUGUGCAUUCACCCCAGGCUGACAUUUCAAUUUAUAAAUUAGAAAGUUGAUGCAGGUGGAACAAAAUGGAGUGUUGUCCCACCCCAAUGGGAUAUCCUAGGGUGAAACAAGAUGUUCAGGACACUCCCCCUGAACCUCCCAGACCAAAAGAAAAAACACCUAAAGAGUGCUUCCAAUUAGGGGGUAACCCUGGAGCUAAACUACUGACAAUGAAAACAAAAAUCCCAGUGUCACCCAAAAUUCUGGAAUACACUGGGAGGAAGCACAAAACUAUUAUAAGUGGCCAAAAAAAACUUAGACUUUAUUCUCAAUGAUACAAAAAAAUAAUGGUCCACUUAAAAAGAAAAUAUAAACAGUAUUAAAACAGGGGUAUAAGAGGUGGGUGGUGUCCACCUCUGGACAGGUAGGGAAGAGGGUCUUUACAAAGAAAAGUAGUUGGUCUGCAUCCUUAACAUAGGUUCAUUCAAACCUCCUCUGUACACUGUGUCCUAAAAUGCCAGAAAGGGAACCAGGAGGUUGCAAAAGAUAAAGGUACUACAAAUUCCCUAUUAAUAAAAAAAUCUCUUGCUGUCCUUAUAUACCUCGGCAACGUACAUAGCUAAUGCUUACCUGAACCAGUAACCCCGAACACUCAAAACGAAAAUUCAAAUGUGCAUAGUGCUACCCAAGUUACUUUCCAAUCAGACCAGCCCAUUUUGAGUUUUCUAGUCACACAAGUAGCCUGAUACUGGCAUACCCACCUAAAGGUUUUUCUUUUCAAUGGGGAUGUGUACAAUAGUGGUUUUAGCAGUAUUUGUUGUAAAUUAUGUGCUAUCUUAGUGUCCACUCUGUUUUGUUGCAUCCCUUAAAGUGAGAUGACACCGAAUUUUUAUUUAAUAUUAUUAUUAUUAUUUUAUUUUUUUUAAUUAUUUUCUACUUGGCACAAAUCUCCAAAUUAUUUUCGCUUCUAAAUUUAAAGGGAUAACGGGCUUCCUGGCUCAGUGCUGCACAGUAGGUAGCCCUGCCUUUCAGCAUGGGGACGCUGAAUCUUUCACAUAGAGAUGCAUUGAUUCAAUGCAUCUCUAUUAGUAGGUGGUGUUUGGCCCCGCCCCCAUGGGAAAGCAUUGGAUUGUCAACAAAUCGGCAGUUUUGAUGAUGUCACCAAGGGGGCGGGGUCAGUGCCGGCAGACCCGUGGAGAGCUGAAAAUAAGAUGAGUUUUAACCCAUUCUGAGGGGGCAAGAAACCUAAAUGGUGGGUUUUCACUAUAGGGUCAGGAAUACAUGUUUGAGUUCCUGACCCUAUAGUGAUCCUUUAAAGUAACACUCUUGGCACCAUAAUCACUGCAGCUUGCUGUUGUGGUUUUGAUGUGAGGAGAGCUCCAUCCCAUAGUAAAAUGUCAAGCUAUACUUAAAAGUUCUGGCAACCUACCUGGGUAUUACAGAACACAACUAUCUUCUCCAGUAAGAGAAUCUAGAUUGCUCUAUAGAGCGAUAUAGCAGCACAAAAAAAGAGAGUGAGAGAAAAAACACACCCUUACAGGUCUAGAAGAAAAGAAGGCGGUAAACAAUUUCUUAACAUAGAGGAUGCAGAAUUAACCCUGGUCCCAUCAAAACCAAUCAGCAUUCCAAUUUAUUGGGUGAAUUCACACACAGGGACACCGUUUCGACCCACACAUGCAUCUUUGUCAAGUGAUGGCUUGCAUUAGCUGUGAUUUGUAUUGGCAGUUCUGGUUCAGCUUCUUCUGCAGGAAAAGGCCUGCUGCAUGGGAUGCAGCCAUUGAUGCUCGACAGGAUCUAAGUAAGUUGUCAAACUGUACUGAAAUGAUUUGACAUUUACUAUGGAAUGGCACACUCCUGGCAGCAUAGCCACUACAACAGGCUUUACAAAAUAUUACGCAGCAAGUCUAUAACUCAUGUAAUAUUUUGCAUUCAUUAAUAGCAAUGAAUAGUAUAUGGUAUUAAGAAAAAUGUUUUGAGUUAACUAAAAAAAAGAUCUUUUAAAUAAAUGUUACCUUUAAUGUAAAUUAUACAAUUCUGAGAUGUUUGAAACAGUUAAAGAUAGCUAUAUUUUGCCACACCUUGCUAGCACUUAAUCAUCAGUGUAUUUGGAUGUGUUAAUGUAGUAUGUGUUGUAUGUAUUUUAACCACAAGAUGUCACUAGAGAACUCUGUUUAUUUGUUUGCCUAUAACUCUCUACCGUAUUUAUAUUUUUUUUGUUUUCUUAAAGACACACUUUAACAUCAAAAAUGUAUUUAUUUUUAAUGUUCGUGUUUUUAGUAGAUUUAGAUUAGGGAACCUCUUUCAAAAUCAUAUCUAGCCAUUUUAACUUGUCUUUAACCAGCGCUGAGCAGUCUCCACCGUGUAGCUGCUCCUACUUUUCUGUGAUCAUAUGUCCUCUGGUCCAAUCACAUACUUUUCAUAGAGUAAUAUUAGGGAUCUAAUAUUAUGCACGACAAUCACCUCUAUUAGUAUAUUGACUUUUUUUCCCCAUAGAGAAGCAUAAACUCUAAUGCUUCUCUUUGAGAAUUCACAACAUUCUGUGGUGUCGUGGUGUGUGUGGUCACACUGAAUGCAAAGACUUUCAAAUUUUUAAAGUCUUCACUCAGCAAUGCCUCUAAUAGCUGUCAUCCUGACAGACACAAUUGGGGUUAUGCUAAAAUGUAAACAUUGCUGUUUACCUGAAACGGCAUUGCCACACAAAUGGGGAAAGUGACUAGACAAUCUAACCACUUAAUUAAGAUGAUGGGAGUUUGGUGCUUAAAGUGUCCCUUCAACAUGUUUUGCUGAAUUGAGCAAUACAUUUUAAAUAAAGAAUAAGAAAUUAGGAAAUUAUUCAUAAAGGCUGUUUUUUUUUUCAAAGCUGGCAUGUGGAACUUGAUGUGGAACUCAUGUUGUAGAAAAAAUUAUUAAAUUAGCAUCGUCAAAGGUUUUCAUAGAGCUAGAAUCCUUAUGAAAACACACAUAGACUGCAUUGAAUGUUCAGUGCAUUUGCGGUGCAGUCAAAACUUGUCAAAGGAGUUUUGCCAAACUGCGGCAAAAGGUGACACUUUAAACAGCAUCACCCUUAUAUCUCCCAUCAGACAUAACUUGCGGUGUCUGAUGUAAGUAGGCAUCUUUCCUCGCUCUAUAGAGUAGAUGCCUUUUAUUAUCUCAAUGUGCUUGCACGUGAUGCUCUGUGGCUACCUUUUUGGUUCCACAAUACGCCCAGGGUGAAAGUAUACCAGUGUUGUGGGUCCUGGCAGAUGAGAGGCCAAAGUUAGAGACCUUUAAGUAACUAUAUCUCCAGUUCUCUCUGCUCCUGGCAAUGCCUUGCAAGUGGACAUGUCAUCUUUGUUGUGUGUGACGUUUGCAAAAAAUGUAAAGAUUACACAAAAUUGACAGUGAUAUUUUAAAAACAACCAUGUGCUUGGUAAUUAUACAUAUUCACAUUCAUUAUCUGAGUAUAUUUUAGCAUCUCCAAUGAUAAUCUGGGGACUAUGGAGUUGGGUAGUAGCAUGCAUACCUGUAGGAUAAAAUUGACAAUUAGCGCAAGAAAAAUUUAUUUUUAUUUAGCAGGUUUUGUUUAGAAAAUAAAUAAGUACAUGUAUUUUUUUUAUUUUUUAUUAUUAUUAUUUUUUACCCUUGGUAAUUUUAGUUAUACGUAAAGUAGAGCCUAGUUUUAGGGAUGUGAUUUUCUUGCAAUGGGACUCUCCAGUGCCAGGAAAACAAACCGUUUUCCUGGCACUGCAGGUCCCCUCUUCCUCCCUCCAAUCCCCCCCCCAUCCCAAGUUGCUGAAGGGGUUAAUACCCCUUCAGUGACAUACCUGUAUCCGGCGCCGAUGUCCCGACAAUAAUACCUACACCUAGGUAUUGAGAUCUGAUACAGGGAAGGAAAAAAUAAUUGAGGAAAUAUAGUAAAAAAGACAUGACAGAGCUGCUUUAAGUUUUUGUAGUUGACUUAUUUAAGAGGGAAACACUAAUUAGUUUUUUUUCUGUUUAUGUUGCAUGGGAGUAACAUAGUACCCGUGCUCAGAAUUAGUUAAUAACAUAUCUGCAGCUUUACAUUUCAAAUUGCAUUAACUAGAAUGCAUAUAAAAAGCAAAAAAGUGAAUGAUCACUUGAGGGGGGGAGAAAAAGCUUUUUGUUUUUUCUCUUCUCACUAUGGUGUUUUGUUUUACUUUUAUUUGUGGUCCUAAACAGUCAAAACUAUGGUUACAUGAACUUUUUGUUCCAUUUAUCAGGAAUGCACUUAUGUAUCAUUAGUGCUCUUAUCAGAUUGAUGGAACUUGAUGAGUGUCUAAAUGGACACUCAUGUGUAGUAAGCCAGUUUUUUUGUUUGUUUUGUUUUUUUCUGUCAUAUACAAUUUUAUAACCUUUGUGAACUGUAUUGUGCUUUUGAUGUAGAAAAAUAUCCUUUAUGGCAUCAGAUAACCCAGGAAAAAAAGACAAAUAGGAACCCUUGUAUAAAAAAUAAAAAAAAAUAAUGGUAAACAAAAAUCUAUAUUUCCAACUGAUUAAAUUAAUCUGAUAUCUUUAUAUUUUUUACCUUUUUCAGAUUGAAGUGGAUUCCAUGAUAUCGUUACUACCAAAGACCUCCGGUAAUUAUUGAAGCUGGGAUGUAAAUGCAAUGGCAUAUUUUAAAGGGGUGACCUAGAGUGUAUUUAACAUUUGUUUUGUUUUUUUGUAAAUUUUAUUUUAUUGAUAUGCCAUAAUGCAACACAAUAAGUAAUUCAUGUAAAAUCACAAAAUCAUGGCACAGCAGUAAGAUAGCAUCUUGCACAGAGCAUGAUUGAAGAUUAACUUCUUUGUUACAAGUUACCUAACAGAAGAUAACAUAAGUAUAUGGAGAGUCAUUUGGUUUUGUUUAAUACAGGUAGCAACAGCAAGCAUAAAAAAAUUUAAGGGUUAUUUCAGGCAAAAAUCCUAUAAGGAAUUCCUAAUGCUAGCAUGGCCAUUGGCACGCAUGCGCAUUAGGUCUCCCCCGCUGACUGCCGUCUGCGGGGGAGGAGCGUGGGCGGAGCCUGAACCAGUGCUGGUUUUAGGUAAGUGACUGAAAGGGUUUUAAUGUUUGUUUUGCAACAUAUUUCAGUCUUUUCAUAUAUUGUCAUUCUUGAUUCUCCCAUCCCUGUUUUUACAGCUGUAGAGUUCCACUAAAAAGAGUUAGUGAAACCUGUACAGCUCUGCUUUCGUGUGUAAACAAGGGUCUCAAUGGGUUACGUUAAGGGGGGGGGGCUGGGAUCUCAAACCCCCACUAGUGGUUUGCUAUUUCUUAUAGAAAACUCUGGGAGAGGUAUGUGUUUCAGUUUAGUUGUCUUAAUAUUGUCUGAUCAGAUUCAUUGUGCUAGAAAUGGAUGAUUUUUAAAUGGCCUGGAUAUGUAUUUUUGUUACAAUAUUAAUAAUGCAAAUGCAACCGGCAAGUUUUGUUCUUAAAAGGCUCACCCAGUUAUUGUGAGUGACUGAGCUAUAUUAAAGUCUAUAGUAUGUCACUGACUGCACACUCUCACUUUCUACCAAGAGCUAUGUGGUCAUUUUAACUCUGUAUUUUCAAAGAUCUAAGAGCCUCUCCAGAAUUUUUAAGGCAAAUCAAAGUUUUGAUGCAACCAUGUUCCUCUUCUUAAGGGUGGGUGGAAAUGCAUGGUGUUUCUUCCAAAUCUUGAUGUACACUAAUAAAAUCAGCUUUUUCUGCAUUGAAAUCAAGAGCACACAUUUUUUAUUGUGGUUUUGGAGCUGUUAUUCUCUAACCAGUUCUGGCCAAGCCUUACCACUUCAGUUGUACGUUUGCCAUGAUUGUAUGUGGCAAGAAGUUUAACAUCUAUAAAUCACAGUCAUAUCAUAAUCAUUCUGUUUCCAUAAUAAACCAGUACUGCUCUUGAUUUCAUUUCCAUGUGAAACCACACACAUCAGUAUCAUGAUAUCAUCAUAUUCUGUGUAUACAUGUCACGAUUGUUGUGUGACCCAACAUGGUAAACUAUAUUAACACAAACAACGUAUACUGGACCUUAGAAUGGCCGGGUUUAACAUAAAAGAGAAUGGUCAAAUAACGAGCCAAGGUCGGGGAUACAGAAUGAGACAGUACGAAUAAACUAGCCAAGGGUCAGGAUACCAGAAGUAGGGAAAGUCAAAAACUUAAACUAAAAAUAUACCAAGAACGCGAUCUCUGACAACCAAAAAGUGGAAACCACAACAGGGCACUGAGGAAAGGCAUUACAGGGUUUAAAUAUGCCUCUCAGUGCUGCGAUUGGUUAGUACAUGGCCUUUGACCCCAAAACGUGCGUGAGCGUCGAUAUCUUGACGUCUCACACGCCGGCGCUAUCUUUAAUGUGGGCAAUGCGCCAUUUUACAGUAAGAAUGGGACCGCAGCGACCGGCGUCCCUUAGAGCCUGCACCAGGGAGGAUCGGGCGGCACUCUGCCACGAUCCAGGUAAGUUAAGCUUUCCCUUUUCGGUGCGGCUGUGCCGAUCAGGAACUUUUAUCUUGAGUAUCGGCACUGGUCAGGCGCAUUCGCGUCAAUACAAACCCCCUGCACUGUGACCAUGCACUGUUAAUAUGAUGUUGUUAAGCAAAGAGCAGAACAGCUACAGAACACAAUAGUAAAUGCAGUGAUUUUAUUCUCAGUAUUCAGAUAAUUUUUGUUUUCACAUACAGGGGUAACUCUGGAUGAGUUUGUAAGAAUGAUGAUCACAAAGAAAGCAGCCCAGAUGAGUAUUGGGGAUGAAAGACAGAUCUUCCAAGUAUUUGAUGCCCAUUGUGAGUAUUUUAUUUCCUUUUUCAUUAACUAUGUACAUGUUUAGAGCAACCCCUGCUUCAGGGCAGGCCGACCACCUCCUUUAUUACAAAUCUUCAGAUGAAUGGUGACCCCUACUAAAAAAAGAAAAAAACAAGCUUACCAUUAUUCAUUUUAUAACCUCAUCAGGAGUUUUCUGACCCUGUAGUGUUACACUAUUUAACCCGCCUUAAAGCUAGUAAAAACUCACCUUAUUUCCAGUGCUGUGCUGGUCUGCCAAUGCUGACUCCACCCCCGAUCUGCCUCCUUGCCUGACAUAAUCAGAAUUGAUGAUCUCAGCCAAUCACAAUGCUGUCCCAUAGGAAAGCAUUUGAUUGGCUGAGUUCGUCAAUUCUAAGAUCUCAACCACUUAGCAUCUCCUCAUAGAGAUGCAUUGUAUCAAUGGAGAAAAGGUUCAGUGUCUCCAUAAUUAUGAACAUCAGUGCUGCACAAUGUGUAGCACUGCCCAAGGAAGCACCUCUAGUAGCCAUCUGAGGAGUGGCCAUUGGAGGAGUCCCUAGGCUGUAAAAAGGCAGUGUUUACAGCAAAAGUCUAUAGACACCAGAACAACAAUAAUAAGCUGUAGUUGUUCUGUUGACUAAUGUGUCACUUUAACCCCUUAAUCCCUUAAGGACACAUGACAUGUGUGACAUGUCAUGAUUUACUUUUUAUUCCAGAAGUUUGGUCCUUAAGGGGUUAAAUAUAGGGAUAAGAAGACAUUAGUCCUGUUAUAUGCUGGGCUCUGUAUUGUACGCCCAGUUCUAAAUAUUAAAGGAGCACUAUAGGGUCAGGAACACAAACAUGUAUUCCUGACCCUAUAGGGUUAAAACUACCAUCUAGCCCCCCUGGUCCCCUCAUGCCUCCCUAAAUUAGUAAAAUCUUACUUGUAUUCAAGCCUGAAGAUGCAGGCUUUGUCCCUAUUUCCUUUUGAGCUGCCCACUUGCCUGCUGACAUCAUCAGAAGUGGUAGCCUGAUCCAGUCACAAUGCUUCCCCAUAGGAUUGGCCGAGACCGACAAAGGGGCAGAGCCAGCACAAUUCAAAUACAGCCCUGGUCAGUCAGCAUCUCAUCAAAUCAAUGAAUCUCUAUGAGGAAAGUUCAGUGUCUGCAUGCAGAGGGAGGAGAUAUUGAAUGUUUGGAUGCAUUUUAGUCAGCCAUGACCCAGGAAGGAUCUAUAACAGCUAUCUGAGGAGUGGCCAGUGAAGUUAUCACUAGGCUGUAAUGUAAACACUUCAUUUUCUCUGAAAAGACAGUGUUUACAGCAAAAAGCCUGGAGAGAGAGAGAGAGAGAGAGAAAGAGAGAGAGAGAGUGUGUGUGUGUUAUAUUUUCUGUAUCUGCCACAAGUUAAACAUGAUUUUACUUUCUGGACAGAUCGUGGGUAUCUAACAAUUGAAGAUUUUAAAAGUGCGUUCAGACAUGUGGCCCCUCACUUAAGUGAACAAACUGUUCUUGAGGCAUUCAGGUAAGUGUCUUGUGACUGAGAUAUUGAAACAUAGACUGUGCCAACAGGUAGGUACUCAUUGGCAUAUCUAGCCUCUAUUGAAGGAAUCUAAUACUUGGUUUACUUAUUAAUGUUUCUCAAUAUACCUAAAUAUAUUUUGUGGGGUGAUCAUUAGUUGCUUUGAUUUGGUGACUAAAAAAGACCAUUGUUACAUCUUGUUGAUGUCGCUGAGUGUUCACCAUUCAGUGCCAGUGUUGUGUCCAUUGCUUUGUCUUGCAGCGCAUUGAGCAUACUUCUGCUCAACAAUGGGUUAACUAAAGCAGUACUAAUAAUAAAAACAAACAAACCUGCAAAAUGGCAGAUUUGUUUAAAUUCGCUGAUGAGUUCACAUUUCUAUUACUUUGCUGAAAAUCUAAUCCCUAGUAUCUAGACUUUGUUUAUUGAGUUAUUGUGUCAACUGUAUAAAUUAUGAUGUAAAUCUAUCAAAUAAAGAUGUUUUGAUUUUUUUUCCAGAAAACACACAUAGUUAAUUACUGUAACAUUUUAAACAAAUAGCUUUGAAACAUAUUGAAUUAGCUACCCACAUUUGUAUGUGCCUACUUUUUCAUAGUUUGGAAGAAAAGAGUAAAAACAAAAAUAGUAUUUCUUUAUUUACACAUAGCCCUUUAAGGGCCACUGACAUUUUGACCACUUGGUAUAAAGAUUUUACCGGUCCAUUGUGUAUCUAGCACAUUAUGCACUAACUAAAACAUACGAUUCAUUGCUUUGGAAAAUGGUGUGUGAUCAUCAUGUAAACCGUCUAACUGCUUUGAAACUGGAUCAGUAAAAAUCUACCAGCUAUUAAUUUACAUGUUAUUGUUUGAGACGGCUAACCUUUGUCUAUUUGGCAGCACUGAAAGGGAAAGCAGAAAUUCCUUAAAGCCAAAUCCUGCUAACAAUACAAGUAAUUUGGCCACAUAAUGAAGAGACAGUAGGCAGACUUAAGAUGCUGGAGAUCCUGCUAGUUUCUGUCAGUGCUAUCAGUCUGACAAUCAUUAGAUGGGCUGCACCCAUAGCCUCCAUAAUCUCUAAACUAAACUGUAGUGGUUAUGGUAUUUGAAUAUUCCAUUUAAUGUGUUGUGUUUGUGGUGAGAAAGUAUUUCCAUCUGUCGAGAAUAAGAUUGGAUGACUGGCUAGACUAUCAGGCUUGUUUAACAAAGUGGGAAUUAUUGUAAAUUGCAAGUUUAAAGACACACUAUAGGCACACAGACUAACUGGGUGUAUUGCAUCUGUCCUCCUGCUUAUAAUUAUUGCAAUUAUUGAGGAACUGCAAUAAUACCUGUAAUAAUAACUCUACCUUUAGUGGAUGUCUAGAAGAUAUAUACAACUGUGUUCUACAAGACAGCCACUAGAGGCACUUCUGGGUUGUUAGGCAACUUACGGUCACCUAACUGACACUGUACAUCCUCAAGCUAUGCAUGAGGACAUCCAGCGUCGGCUAAAACACCAUAAGAAAGCAUUGAUUCAAUGCCUUCCUACAGGGUUAUCUUAAUGCGAUCUCUGCGCAUGCUCAUUAGGUACCCAAUGUCAAAGGGUGGAGCGAAGGGACAUUGGCGCUGAGUUCAGGUAAGUGACAAUAGAGAUUUGAACCCUUUCUGCACUGCGGACGGGGGGGAGCGUGUGAACAAGGGCGACAGUACAGGCCAGGAAUAAAAUUUUGUAUCACUAGCCUAAAGUUUCCCUUUAAGGCUUAACUGGUCAAAAUGGAAUCAUAGUUGACUUGGACAAUUUUUCCAGUUCAGCUACUUUUGUCUUUGUAUUUGAAAUUAACUUUGAACUUCCAACAGUUUUUAACAGUGAAGAUCUGAAUAUCCCACAGAUUAUUGCUGUACUGGAGUUCAUAGCAUAUGUGCAUCUAUCUUUGCAUUCUCCAUCUGCACUGUACAACAUUCACGCGAAUAAGCAGCGGAUGCCCCUUUAGUAGUUUUAAAACAUGAAGAUACUCGCACAAGUAAAAUAUAUACUGCAUGGUGAAAUUUAAACCACUUUUUAAUAAACUGUGUAGCUGAUGCAAUAAAAAAAAAAAUGCAUAUAAUUGAUCCCACAUAAGAUGAGGGGAACUGCUGAAUAAGCUUAAAAGCAUAUAGUAUCUACAGCUGUGUGCCUUACACACAACUUGAGCUAUCUCUUCCUCUGGACAGAUCAUGGACAUUAUAGCAGGAAGUCAAAGUCUUUCUUUGUUCUGAGAGUGACAGUGGGCAGACGUAUAUCUGUAGCAGUUUUUGCAAAUCAAGGAAGUUAUAAGGCACCUUUUGUAAGGGAGAUUGAUUACUCUGCAUCCUAACCUUUGCAAUGGUGCAAAGUUUUCAUAGUGUUUACAGUGGCACUUUUACAAGCCGAGUGAAUGAAAUGUCUUGCAUCUGGGUCUGCUCGUAGAUUAUACAGUUUCCAUCAGACAUUUGAGAGCUGCAGAUAAAUGCUUGCAACACUAUUCUAAACAAUUGAACGUUGAAAACAUUCUUGACUAUAUUUCAAAGUCUGUUUUUAUAAAUCUUUUUUUAAUGCGUUUUUUUCUAAAUAUUUUAAUGACCUAUUUUUUUUUGUCUUUGCUACGGGACUGUCAUUGAAAAUGUAUGAACUGAAAACAACAAACUGAGGCAAAAAGGCCAGGAUAAAGAGUUUUUCCAAGUCGUCUGCCUUUACCUACAUUUUUGCAAUCGUGUUUUCCAUUCACUACAAUACAGUAUUUAUUGAAUAACCUCCUGUAUAAACUACUCCUAUAAAAGAUCUCUGUAUCAGGACUUUAGUGUCUGUUAUCCUGUUUCACAGUGCAAGUUUAAUUAUCCAAAUAUUCCUCAACUGUUUAACCCUUUAGGGGUCCAUUAGCACAAAUAUCACUCACAGCAUGAUAAGGGUUAAGAUUAAUAAUGUACUCUAUGAUGGACACACAAGGUAUGCAUACAUAUGUGCAUGUAAUUGGGAAUACAGGGAAGUGUGUGUAGAAUAUAGUGUUUCUUUUUCUUUUCUUUUUUUUUUCUCGUCCAACUAGCAACAUCUAAACCACCAUAGCAACAAUAAAAGAUCUUCAAGCUAUCACCAUAUCUGUAAAUAAGCAGUGGAAUAUCAGUCUGCAGAAUGGGUAUAAAAUUAACAUGAACAAGUCCGAUCAAGAAGUACCGAGAAAACGCAGCAGCCAAUAAACAUAAUGUGCUAAACUGGAGAUCACAAUUUUAUUGUGAAUUCAUUAGCAUCCUUAGGAGGUGUCGGCGAAAAUGUUUUAUUGCAUCAUUAUAUUGUUUUAUUAUCUAUUCACAAUCCACCCUAACAGCUUCUGCACACUGUUAGAUAAACAGAAGGUCAAAUGGCAGGUGUGCCUCCAAUUAUUUUACUUCAUUCUAUACUAAUAAUGACCUCAUUGUUUUGUGCUUCUUUUGCCAUAAUUAGAAACAGAGGAAAAUUAUCUGUGGGUACAGCAGAACAGCGGAGAUAUUGUGCUUUCUCUGCAAGUUAGAUUUAUGAACCUGUACAGAGCAGCCAAAUGAAUGUAAAGCAUUCAUCUUCCCAGCACCAGUUGCCAUGGAAACCCCAUACACAGUGCGGUGUCAUUUCACCUCCGGUGAUUCCUGCAGUAUAUAUAUUUUUUUCCUCCUUUUUCUUUUCUUUGUUCUUAAGAAGCUGCCUUGCAAUCUCUCAUCGCAAGACAAUUAAUCAUUUGCAUGAGUUUUAACAAUUCAUCUUCCUCAUAAUGCAUUCAUAAAUGUCUCUUCUAAAAUAAAAGAUAGGUAUGGGAAGUGCGAUGUUUCAUAUGGAGCAACUUUGGUUUAAUAACUGCUAAACAGUUUAUCCCUUUGUUUUCACUUUAAAACCUGCUUUGUUUCUCUUGUAUUUGUGGAUACAGUUUUACUUCCCCAGACCUGCAGAUUAGACGAACCAGCACACAAAAAUCCAUUAAAAUAUUUUUUUAAAUAAAACGUUUGUACAUAUAUAUAUGUAUAUAUAUUUUAUAUAUUUUAUUUUCUUUAAUUCCUGCUUACGCUACCUGUGUAGUUUUGUUUGCGGUGUCCGUUUUUAUUUUGUUAGUUUUAUUUAUUUUUUUAGACCAUAUGCUGGUUUAUAGAUAACUGCAAACAGGUCCAAAAAAAUCACUGCGACAGUAUCAAGCCCUGUUUUGUUUUUUCCAAACAGAGCUGGCUCUCUUCCAUGUGAUUCUGUCUAACACCUCCACUUCCCUCUUGUUUUAGUAGUGAAUCCAGACACCGAGAGGAUACAAUUUUAUUGCACUUAUCUCCAUUUUGUUCUUUCCUUGCAUAGCUGAAAUUGGCUGUCAUUUAGAGUCUGCUAUAUAUUACUUAUCUGAAGUCUACCAUCAAUAAACCAUGAAUAUAUAUUCUUGUCACUAGUUGGUGCAAUAGACCUGGCAUACUUAUAGACACCACUACUUUGGAAAUGGUAUAAAAGCCUUACUGUAUAAAAACAAAACAAAAAACUUAGUUAAUGUGCGACACUGUUGCUAUGUGCAAACUGCCUAAGCAAAGAUAUAAAUCACACAUUUUUGCAAAAUGUUUAUGGUUAGGUGUUACAAAGUUAUCAGCAUUUUGCAGCAAUGUCUUGCUUUUUAGAAGCAGUUAUGUGACCAUGUGUAUACAAGAUAUUUUUAGUUCAUUUUGGGUACUCUAUGGGUUUCACAGUAAUCUAGUUGGAAGAAAGACUCAAAUCCAUCCUUUAAAACCUAUUCCUUUAUGCUGUUGACACAAAAGAAGGCAAAAAAAAACUAAAAACAAGUGUGCGAUUGCAACUGUGCCGCAAAAAGGGGGAAAAAAUAAUUAUUGACUAGAUAAUGGCAAUCAGAUUUCUCCUUGGAUCAACAACUGGUUCACAUAAUAUAUCCUUUUGCAAAACUAUCCAGACCUUUUUUAAAACGAUCUAUUGAAUAUGAUAAGACCAACCUCUUUAGGUAGAGAAAUCCACAUAUGUGAAGAAACCUCUCCUCUGCUGUUAGAAAAACACAUUUCUUCCAUUCUCUGGGUGACCUCUUGUCUGUGGUAUGUUCCCGCUAAUGAACAAGUUAGCAUAUAGCGGUUUGUACGUAGCCUGUAUGUAUUUGUUUAGUGCUAUUAUAUCCCUUCUGGGGGGCCUUUUACCUCCUAUAAGUUCUAAUACCACAACCAAAAAUUAAAAUUCUUAACGUGCAUUUAUAUAGCUAUUUUUAUUUCCAUAUCUGCCGUCACCUGCCUGUAAUUUAAUUAUAUGUUUACCAUUUUUCCAGUUAGACAAAAAAGUGUGUUAUACAAUUGAUUUCCAUAUAAGUUCCUAUAGUAGCAAAAAAGGUUUGCUAAGGGUAUGCAAACUUUACCUGCGAUCGUCUGAUCAGGCUUCUAUUAAGGGUUUAUAAAAGCGGCACUAUCACUGUCUGGGGACUUUGCCAAAUUCGCAAAGACCCCCAAAUGUGACAACACCACUGGGGGUCCAGUGGCCGGGGGGUGUGCGGGGGUGGGGGCAGAUAAGGUAAGUUUUUGUUACCUGAACCCGUCCUUCGUGGGCACCACCAUCUUUCCCAACCUGCUCCUCUUCAAUAUAUGUGCAAGAAUUGAGGUCUGUAAAGGUCCUCCAUAGACACAGCCAAUUCUCUGCAUUCAUCACUGGUUGACAUUUGUUCUGCCCUGAGUCUAAGAAAGUCAGGCAGAGGAGAAAUACAGAGACAAAUUAGUCCCUACUUUACAGUAAUAUUCCAAUCAUAAGUCAUUAUUUCAUAAAGAUUCUACUUCUUACCAUCUAGCAUGGAAACAGUUUUUAGCGUUUCUCUUCUUCUGUUACUCUUUAUGGGAGACACUAAAGGUACACUAAGCAGCAAACCAACUUAAGCUUAAUUAGGUCAUAUUGGUGUUUAGAUCAUGACCUUGCAGUCUCACUGCUCAAUGCACUGUCAUUUAGGCAAACCACUUUGUUUAUGCAGCUUUAGCCACACCUCCCCUUGUUGUGAUUCACACAGUCGUCCUACACACUUGAUGAAGUCUUAAUUUAAUUUUUUUUUCGCUUCGCUAUUGCACAGUGUGCUUCAUUAAAACAUUCUUGCUUUGUAUUACAUACUAGAGCCUACAAAAUCCUAUGUGUGAUUAUUGUUCAAUUAACAGAAAAAGAGAUACAAACUUCGCUUUACAAAAUAAAAUAAAAAAAUCUGGAUGCUCUGGAUGCCAGGGGAAGUAUGACUAGGACUGCAUAAACAAAAUGAUUAAACUCCUAAAUUGCAAAGAUUUUUUUUUAAUUAAGAUUUUUAUUAUUAUAAUAUUUAUAUAGCGCCAACAAAUUCUGUAGCGCUUUACAAUGGAUGGACUAACAAACAUGUAAUUGUAACCAGACAAGUUUGACUCACAGAAACAGAGGGGCUGAGGGUCCUGCUCAAUGAGGUUACAUGCUAUAGGGAGUGGGGUAAAAUGACACAAAAGGUAAGGGAAGUAUUAAGGAAGUAGAUUGGUAGAAUAAUAUUCAAGGAAAAGUUAGUGUGGGUUUCUUUUGGAGCCAUUAACCGUUUAAUUGAUAUGCUUUGAAGGAGUGGAGACUGGGUGAGCGUCUAACGGAAAAGGGAAAGGAGUUCCACAGGAACGGUGCAGCCCUAGAGAAGUCUUGGAUACGAGCAUCAGAGGUGGGAGUGUAAACAGAGGAUAGACGCAGAUCUUCGGCCAAGCAUAGGGGCCUAGACGAGACAUACUUGUGUAUUAGGGAGGAAAGAUAGGUGGGAGUAGCGUUAUGUAAAGAUUUGAAAGCAAGAAUCAGAAUUUUAUAUUGAGCUUUAUAUCUUACUGGAAGCCAAUGCAGGGACUGACAGAGUGAUGAGGCGUGGGAGGUGCGGGCAGACAGGAAGAUGAGCAUUGCCUCCGCAUUCAUUAUAGACUGCAAUGGGGCAAGUUGGGAGCACGUAAGACCACUGAGAAGUGAAUUGCAGUAGCCAAGACGAGAGGACAGUGGCAUGGACCAACACCUUAGCAGUAUCUGGCGUUAAGUGGGGGUGGAUGCGCGCAAUGGUUUUUUUUUGGGGGGGGGACUGGAGUGGCAUGAUCUCUAAACAAAAACUUCUUCAAAAACUAGAAACUUUGUAACAGUCCUCUACUGUGAAAUUUUGUAGCAUGUUAAUAGUCAUGAAUCUCUUACGAUACCAAAAUCCAUUUUAAAGAUCACCAGUUUUAACACCUUGCAUGGCUUCAUGUCCAUAUGGUUAUCUUUUCAGGAAGUAUUUGUAGCAAACAUGAAAUUAUAUCCUUAUAAUUUUGUAUGAUUCUUACUACAUGAUGAGGUGAACUUUUGUUCGUUUUGUCAGUUGAAGUCCAUUGAAGGCUGUGUGACGGACUGCCGUCACUGAGUACCAUGCCCACCGCUUAUUCUCCCUUGUAUCGUGUUUUCCCUAUUUAUUUCUGUGCCUUUCGUGUAUUGUGCCCUGUUCCCCAUUUGGGAGAGUUCAUACGAAAGAAACUCAUUUGUCUCCCGAACGGUGACUGUCCAGAUAUCCCAUUUAGAAUGCUCAAAAGAAAGUUCCGAAACCGCAAGGGAAAUCACUGAGUGCUCCCUCAACUAUACGAACUGGCGGCCACUUCAUAUUCCGAACGUGCUUGUCCUCACGGUUUCAGGUCCUUGUGUCGGGGAUCGCCCUACAUGCUCCUAAAGGAGCCAUAAUCACUGCUUCUCCCUUCCCGGGAGCUGCGAGGCCAGGCUCGUAGCUGCCCAGAGAGCGCUCUCUCUGGUGCUACCUAAGUGGAGGUAUCCACCGGAGAGUGACGGGGGACCCCUGGAGCUGUGAGUCGGCUUCAAAGCCGCGGAAUUCUGCUGGCAGCUUGGAAGUCCGUGCCGCCCAAUAGGAGAUGGAGCUCCCAUUCAAACUGGGUUCGCACCAUUCUCCUGAUAGGCCGGCACGAAUGAGCACCGAUUGGUCGCAGCAGGGGCGCAGGUGCCCAAUAGGAAAAUUUGUGCCCAUUCAAAAGGGAUUUAGCGCACUUUUUCCCGAAUGGGCGGCGAAACACCUCUGCUUCCCGAGCGCCGAUUGGGGCAAACGGGUUUCGUGCCCUUUCUACUUAUUUGGCGUCGAAAUACCUCUCCUUCCUGAGCUCUGAUUGGCGCAAAUUGGUUUUGCGCCUUUCCCCUGAUUGGUCAUUGCUUGGUUUGGGCGCAAAGUAUGAAUUGACCGGCAUAAACCAAAACUUUGGACGAGGAUUUCUCGGGCUCUGUAUAUUCGAUAGCCACGCUAUUUGCAGGGAUCCUAGCUGGGACCCAGGGCUAUCCAGGGAUAUGUUUUACAUGUGUUUCCUUCCCAGGGAACGGAGCCCCUAAGUGUUCGCCAAUGUAUAUGAUGUGCUUUACUUUUUUACUGUUGGUAUCUCCCAGGGCGGGAGAUGGCUAUCUGUGAACCAUCCCCCUCCAGCCUGAGACUGAGAGAUUUUUACUGAAAAGACCCUGUGGGGGUCUGAGUAUAAAUUGCCUGUACCAAUAAAUAAAGCAUUGUUGGUUAGACUCCCAGAACUGUGUCCUCGUUCACUUACUGGGGGGGAAGAAAGGGUUAAUCACUGUGCCUGCUGUUCCAGCGUGUGGAGGAUGCUGCGGGGAAAGUCCUUGUAAGGACUAGAGCUUCCAAGGACUGACUGCCAUCCAGUCCCUGGGAGCGAAUAGAGCUAGUUCCCCUACCCUGUUACAGCUAGGAAGCGGACCCCUGGCGGAGGUACCCAGACGGAGUACAGGGAUGUCCGUCACAGGCUGAUUUCCUUAAUCUCAGCCUUCUCGGUUCAUGAAGACCAACUAUUUAAAUUGAAUAUAUCCUCUAACAUUUUGAGGAAACCAUGGUGAUAUUUAGUCAAAUAUAGACUUCUGAUGUUCCUAAAAGUACAAAGCAAAGUCAUCAAAUCCCUUUUGUAAGGGCUAUGUUCAGUGAUAAAGCAAUUGGACAAACAUGCACAUCUGUAGGAGAAGACUUCACAACAGUUAUCCAUAAUGAAAAUCACAUCAAUUUAGUCCUAAAUGUCCAUCAACUUAGAAAUGAGAUGAUCAAUAUUUGCUUUGAACUUUACGGAAGACAUUUUAUUGAGAAUCAAGACUGUGGUAGAUCCCUUUUCUGGUGAGGAAAUGCAGCUAAUCUGGAGGAUCGGGUGUCUCGAAAACACCUGUUAACCUGAAUGGGAACCUCAGUAUGGAAGAAAUGAUUUUCUUAGAUGCUAUAGUCCUUAAUGGAACUCUUUUCUUUAUAACCUUUUAAUAUUCAGCAGAUAAACGCUUUCAAGGCCAUUUCUCACUUUAAGUCUCCUGUAGGGAAGUAAUUUGAAAAUUCAUUCAGACGACACAGCUACUGUUGCUUGCAUCAAUCAUCGGACAAAAACAAGAGAAACCAACCGUCCUUGAGGUGUUCUCAUUUUUAAGAUUGGCUGCAAUGAAGGUAUCCGUGUUCUCUGCCUGUCACAUUGCCUGCGACUUCAGUAGAAAAGCGGAUUUUCUAAAUAAGCCAAAGGCAGCGCCUACGGAAUGGAAGUUGAAGCCAUAUGUCUUUAUCCAAAUCAUCCACACAUUAUAUCUUCUUGGAUAUAGACCAAAUGGCACCCAAACAACCGGAAACAGAAGGUUAAUUUAUGUGCGGCAUGUUUAACACUUUAAAUGUUUCAAUCCCUUCUACUUGGCUUUUGAUUUUGGAAUAAUGGGAAUUCAGAGGAUCUAUCACUCUUCCUGCUAGGUAUUCAGUAUGUUCCUACAACCACUUGUAUCUAAUUUUCAGGAUCUAUAAUGAUGUCACAUUUGUGGCUAUUUGCCUCCUUCCAUUUCCUUACAGUAACUUCUCCUUUUAGUAUUGUGCUUAGCUACUACAGCAAGUGGUCUUGAGGUGUCCAGCAACAUGCUGUGUUAAGUGCCGUUUUUCUAUAUGCCAAGCAUUGUGCUGAGAUAUUCUGGAAAGAAAGUUUAAUGAAAUGAUCACCUUUUCCCUUAUCCUAAACAUUGCCGUAAGUCUGAAAACAAAUGUAUUACUGAUUCCAUAAGACAUUAAGAAACUGUCACGGGGUCUUACCCCAACUUUGCGAAUCCCACAAACCGGUUCUAGAUAAACGUAUUUUCGGGCCUUGGAGUGGCCGAACUUAACGUAAGAAAAAUAAAGACAAAGACGGUAAUAGCCAAGGUCAGGAAUCUAGAAAUACAGAUAAACAAAAUAACAUGACAGGUCAGGAUACCAGAAAUUCUUAAAGACCGAAACAAGCUGGGUCAGGAUACGAGAAAUACACAAUGUUACAUACACGCCAAGGUCAAUAUUUGUCAGGAUUACAGUAUGAUUCAGCACAUAGAAUUGUGUAACACAGAGUACUGAUAGGUAAUGUAUACCGGACCUUAGAAUGGCCGGACUAACGUACCAAAGAAUAGUCAGGAAUAGCCGAGGUCAAGUGAUACAGAAAGAGACACAACGAUAAGGAAAAGCCAGGGGUCAGGGAUACCAGAAAACAGGGAAGUCAAAUAACCAGAAUUACCAGAAUCAAUAACGCGCUCACUGACCACCACCACGACAGGGCACUGAGCAAGAGGAGAACUAGGCCUAAAUAAGUCAAAUAACCAGAAUUACCAGAAUCAAUAACGCGCUCACUGACCACCACAAGGGAAACCACGACAGGGCACUGAGCAAGAGGAGAACUAGGCCUAAAUACCCCAGCUGUGGAUCUGAUUGGUUGUAACCGGCCUUUGAACCCAAAGGCAGUUACCAGGUUCCUAUUUGCAUGAUUGCUGCUCAGCACAAACCCUCCUGUGAAUUGAUUGCUGGUUGGCACAACUUUUCCUGUCAGGACAGUAAUGUUGCUCGGCACAACUUUUCCUGUCUGAACAGUAAAUUCCAUUAAUCACAUUUUCAUAAGCGGAUGAAUACGUGACAAUAUCAGAAUAUAUCAAGAGAGACUUACUAUAAGCACUAACAUCGAUAAAGGCAGAAACCACAAUGGAGCAAUGAACAAGUGACCAAAUUAACUUUUAUUUAGGCUAAAACACUUUCUGAUUGGUCCACAUUAUCUCUGCAACUCCAACUUGAUUGAAUAUGGUGUCACCUAGAUGACGUGGUCAGUUUAAGGGCGGCGUGACAUCACAUUUUUUUUUUUUUUUUUUAAAAUACAUGAAUGAAUAGAUAAAUGAUCCUACAGGGAAGAAAUGUCUAUGUGGUUUUCGGCUCGUGUGAGCAAGGGGAGUGAGAAGUUUGUUGUGCCAAAUGGUAAUUAUGAAGUAUUCCCUGUUCAUGUUGUGUGGUCGCUCUACCUGAGGAGGGGAGGUGUGCGGCUGUGUGAAGUGUUCAGCUUGUGUGUCCCGACAAAUGGAGCAGCGUUGUCUCCAGUAGCAGGAAAGUUUGUUACACAAAUUUCUUAUUAACCUCCUUUUAUUUGUUUCAGUUUCUACUUCCUUCUCCUAUCGCCCCUUAUUGAAAGAGUAAAGAAGACAGGGAUGUAAAUAGGAUGCCAAUACAAAUAAAUGUGUAGUUGUGCUUGCAACCAGGGGAUUCUUCAAUGCUAAAGAGAAGAUUAAUGAAGAUGUAUCAGGCAUUUUAUACCACAAUUCAGUGCAGUAGUGGUGUCUCAGUGGGGACUGAAAGGGCUGACAGAUCGUAAGCAGGAACUGAAAUAUGCAGUCUUUAUUGAUAUGUUGUAUGGAUAACCCGCCUAGGUAUGCGAAUAAACUGACAAAUAUGGAAUUUUUUUUUAGCUCUGUAUCUGUUACAUUUUUUCUAAUGACUUUUGUUGACAGAAUAGUAUUUCAUGAAAUACAUAGAUUGUUUCUGCUUUAUUGAUUAAUGUGUUUUUAGACCAAUGAUUCCACUUUAAAUCUUUUAAAAGAUUCAGUAUUCUGGCUUUCAAUAUAGAUUCAAUAUCUGAAUAACCAUCUUUGACAUGACAAGUUCUCAUUUAAGGAUAGUGAUAAAUUACACCACUAUACUGACCUAAUUAUUAACAUACUGAUUUUUGAAAAUAUGAGCUGGGCAUCAGCAGUUGUUGUAAUCAUGUAAGUAAUAUGGUUCAACUUCCAUAAAGGGUUACUCCAACCACCAUAACUAUGCUGCAAACUGUUUUACAAUGACAUCUGCUGCAGAAGCCAAUCCUGCUGCUCGUUCAUUGGCUGAGAGUGUCAUCUAAUGUCUGUCAGCCAAUGAAUGACAUUCUAUGCAAAGAACUACUUACAGGGUAGACAUUAGCCAGCCUGGAACUCUUGUUCUGAGCUGUCCAAUGACAUUGCCGGGGGCAGAGUUACACCUGUGGCAGCAAUGGGGUUAAACUCAGUAUGUGCAUCAUUUCAUAGCAAAAUGCUGCUCAUACAGACUCAAGACACCAUGACCACUACACAUCAGUGACAUGUUCAUGGUACUUGAAGUGAACUUUUAAGCUUUUUUAAGUUUGGCCAAUAACCAAGAAGGGCCUUGUGAGAAAUGCACAAUAAGACAAUGUUAGUAUUAAUGAAGUUAAUUUAAAAUCUGACUGCAGUAGCCAUUUCAAUGCAUGCCUGGUUAGUAAAAUGAGGCUGCGGGCAGAAAAUGCAUUUAUUUAAAGAUAAAAUCACAGUCCAAAACCGUUUUCUUUUCCCUUUUAUAUCUAUCUGCAUCUGAUAUACCCUGGGAAGCCAAGUCUUAGUUUUGCUCAAAAAAAGAAGUGUUUGAAAACAGAACUAGGUUCAGAUACAGAAAAACUGAUUACGUAUGGGUUAAUAAGGUUAAGCUGUUGUACUAUGUUUCUGAAACAUCUGUAUUUACAAGUAAGGAUCUGUGCCGAGGCAGUUUUUGUGAACGUCAAAGUACCUUCUCAAAGAUAGCCAAAAUGUCAUACGGUACACUUUUUUAAUUACCCAUCGUUGUUCAUACAGUGCAAGGGGGCACUCUUAAUCUAGUAUAUAAGGAUUGAUCUAUCUCUUCAUAGGGUAGUAUAUUGUACACCUCUUUAAGGCUGGAGAGUAAGGUGAAUCAGUCUCCAUUAUGGUCAGACAGAAUAACGAUCCUGUGGACUGAGAUGCCUCAUUGUUUCCUUGUUGUUUAUAAAGUCACUUUACCAUUUGUGGAAACAAAAAUCAUCUAAUAUCUGCAGUUCCGUGAAAUCAUGCAUUCAAAAAUUUGUAUUCUCCUCCCUUUACUUUUAAUUAAUAUCCAGCAAUCUUCUCCACAUGAACCAAAAGUGCCAAAAUGUCACCUGAACGGUUUUAUUUAGUCAGGUAAAGUAGUACUGUUACUUCCUAGUAGUUGGCUCCAUUGAGCUAAAUUCAAGAGGCAAGUAACUGCCUAGAAUGCUUGCAAUGCUCAUUGGAAAGUCUGUGAAUGUUUGUGACUUGAUUGUCUUUUUUUUUGUGUGUUCCUUUAAAAUCAAAGCAACAAAUGUCCAUAUGAAGUUGUGAUUGGCACCCCCGUUCUAAAUGGUGCUUGGCUAAGUAGUUGGUAUGCUGAAAUUCCCUGGUUUUAUUAAAGCUUCCGUACAAACGGGUACUGGAAAUGAACACAGUCAAAGUAAUUGAGUAGGUGAUUAGCUUCUACACUGGAUGGAGCCCUUCUUCAGAACUCUUAUGUUUUUCCUGGAUUGCAACAGGAAGGGGUAUUCUAUGUGUUUGGUUUUUGAUGGGGUUCUUCCUUCCUCAUUCUUCAUAGCUAGCCAUUAAAGGAAAUGACAUUGAGCUACUUUUUACUUUAUGAAGUAACACAUCCCCAGAGCAGAAUAUAUAUGAAAAGUAGUCGAACCAAGCUAAUCUUUCUAAUUACUCAUGAGUCGAAGUGUCUGACGCAUUACCAUGAUGAUAAUAAUAAUUGACUUGAAUUCACUUGGCUAGUUUUUAAGUACCACAAUGUUGCUUAGGACCCGAACUUCGCCUCUUCGUGAUCACGUUGUCAUUUCUGCAAAAUCUAGUUCAACCUAAAAAGCCUUUUUCUCCCCAAUAGUCAAUAAGAAGUGUGAAAAUCGUAAGAUUACUGUAAAGAAUACACAGUUCUGCACCAACCCAAAGCUAGUAUAGGAGGAGAAUUCAAAAAAUUGUGACUUUUUUCUAGGGAUUGUUUCCCUUUAAAUUUUGUGUACUUUACAAUCCUAACCUGAGGAGUAUGGGCCAGAACUGGUGGAAAAAUACUGGUUAGUACAGUGGUCAGGCAUAAUAAAAUGGCUCAAAGAAGGAGGGGAGUGAAAGUGUCUGAUUGCAAGCAAACAGACAGACAACCCAGUGUCCAUGCACUAGAUCUACUUGGAAUUGGUAAGUAACACCGCUCAAGUAGUCCAGAGGUCAAAAUAAAACAAAGAACUUGCUGAGUACAACUAAAGGACAAAGCUCUAAAUCAUCCUAUGCAAAGCAGCCAAAACUAUGAAAGUGUGCUAUGGUCAUAAGAAGGAGAAUAUUAUUGUGUGGUUCUGGUUUGCAACAUUCUUGCAUUGAAAAACUGACUUGUGCAAAAAAUCCGUGUUAGUCCCCUUUAGAAAAAUGUAUCCCUGUUUUAAUCUGUUGAAAUUUUGGGAGUUAUGCCAAAAUGAUCAAUCUUUUUUGUGUUUUCUUCAAUUAUUUGAUUAGGCAGCUGUGUUUAAAUGGGAACCUAUUCUUCUUGGACUUUGUGGUCCUUUAGUGACCCUCUUGGGGAGACCGCUUUAUCUGAUUAGUCUGUGUGAAAAUAUGUGCCAUUGAGUUCAUCUGACUGUGUGCUUAUCUGUUGGUGUAUCAACACUUACUGUAUGAAAGGAAGUCCAUUCAAACCUAGAGUAGGGACGGUGCUAAUCUGAAUUGAUCAUCCAAAUAGAGUCGAAGAGCAAGGUCAAGAUCAGUUUUUCUUAACCCUUGGUUCUGGACACAAAUCUAGCUGCGUCACUUUGUUAAUUUUACAGUCAGAGUAUGGGUAGCUAAACUAAUAUGAUAUAUUUAACUUGAGACCUUGUCAAAAAAGGUUAAGAACCAAUGAAUGAAUGGGCCAUGCUUAGAGGACUUAAAGGGGAACUGUCAAUUGCAGGAUAUAUAAUUUGUAUUUACUCAAACCCUGUAUUUAACAAAUAUGUAAUUGUAAGGUGGGAAGAACAAAAUGACAUGUAGCAGGAGUGUGGAAAUUUAAAAACAAAAAUAAAUCUGCUUGUUCUAGGGACUAAAUGGUGACCCCCAUCUAAUCGUCCAUAACGGCAAUCUACGUUAUCUGACAUGCUCAAUAAUUUUUAUUUGGGGUACCUAACUAGAGUCCUGGACAUAGACAGGGUUAUUCACUAAACUCUGAAUUUUUGUGCAUUAAAUCCAAACAGAAAAACUGAGAUAAAAACGGCUGACUUGGAAAGAUUCAAAAACUCAGCAUUAGCUACAACUUUUUGCAUCAGUUUUUCCAUUCCGAUUUAAUUUGUGAAAAGUUUAGUGAAUAACCCUGAUGGUUUCAGACUUUGUCGCCCUCCCAUUAGUGUCUCAGCCCUAACUCAACAAUUAGUGUGUCUGCUCCAGAUUGCCCCAAUCUCCAACCUGUCAGGAAGCAGACAUUGCGAUAUGUCCCACCCGCUUCACAAAGAUUCUGGCAGGAAGUGGAGCCAGAGGCUGGACAGAGGGAAAGACAGCAGCUUGGUCUGGCUACAAAGUAAGGUGGUCCCCUGAGGAUUUCAAGUACUCUGCCUGUCAGACCACAUGCUCCCUGUAGUAACCAGAAUUAGCAAAAAACCCUGACCGUGACAUCGCUGCUGGGGAGUCUGGUGGCCAAGGGGGCAAAGAAAGGUGAAUUCUACUUACCCAAACCUGUCCCUCGCCGGCGCCAUCUUCUUCUUAUAAGACCUCUUGAGAACCUGGUGCUUCAGCCAGGAGGCGACGUCACUGCUGCACUCUCGUGCAUACAACAUUGAGGUCUAUAGAGUAUCCCUCGAGACAGCGGGAUCCUCCAUAGAUAAAGAUAAUUCGCUAUAGCUGUCACUGAUGAUGGCUGCUGGAAUUGACACUACUUGAUUGUGCUAGCUUUGGCCAGUGUGUAGAAAUGUUAGGGGUAGGAGAAAUACUGAUACAGUAUAUUGUCUCAGUAUAUCUCUUGAAUGGGUUGGAAUUUAAGGGAAAAUACAUUUCCAUAAAGAUUCUAUCUUUUUGAAAUAAUAAUUACAUUUUUGGCCAGGGAGGUGUGACAGUGCUGCUUUUACGUAAGUUAUAGAUGUUUUUAACUGGUAUAAAUACCUGGGAAAUUAGUUUCCCUAGAAAUAAACCACACAUUUACCAUAGUCACAUGAGCUGUCAAUGAUUCUUCUAUUUCUAUUUUUUCCUAUACAAAAUAUAUAUAAAAUUCAACACGCUUCACCAGCUCUAAAUCCUAUGUAGAAUAAUUAAAACAUUAAUUUCAGAAGAUGUGAUAGAGAGCCAGUCACUUAAUACAACUAGACAAUGCUUUUAAGCUAGCUACCAAAUCAAACUACCUAAUUUUUGGCAAGUCCUACCUAAUAAAAUGCUCUUAUAAGAUUAAUCCGCUGUAAUAUAUUGCUCACACAAGACCUUAGCCUUCUGUGUUUAGAGAAGUCAUAUGAAAAUGUGAUCAUUCAUCAUAUGUCUGUACCUUGAAGAUAUCUCCUGUUUUGUCUUUGUUGCUUGUAUUAAAAAAAUAAAUUUUGUUCAAGGUCUUAUUCCUACAAGCCGUGGGGAUGAUUCACGUGAUUGACCUGCUAGUCUUCUGUAAAGGAUGGAUGUACCGCACCUUAUUUUACUAGUAAGGUUUGCCAAAUUAAGAUUUUUUUUCCAAAUUUAUGCAAAAUAUUGAAGUUGGAAUUAAUUUGCAAAAUGUCUGAAUAGCACAAGCUUGUCUGUUUUGGCCUAAACUUUGCAAGUUCGCUGUUGAUUUACCAAAACAACUUCUAGUUUAGUGAUUAAAUAUUUACUAAAUUGAGAAUUGUCAGAAAUUCGUAGUGAGUUCAAAGUCAUUUUUUAAUUUAAGGCCAAAAUAGCUGAGUUGGAUAAAGUCAGCUAUGCUUCCAAUUAAGCAAUUUUGGUCUAAAAUUUUAAACCCACUUUGAAUUAAUGGCAAUUCUUACUUUAGUAAAUAACCCUGUUAAUUUAUAAACCUGUUUUUUUAUCCUGCCACUCGGGGCCUCCAUCUUCGUUCCCUGUCAAUCAUUGAUGUAAUCUUUUUCCUUUGCUCUUGAAGAAACGAAACCGUAUAUCCGUUUCCCCUCUUCAUUUACAAUGUUUGCCGUGGCUAUUCCUUGCCUCAAUUGGAUUGUGAUGUUAUGUGCUAAAUCUUUAAUAUAAAUUUAUAAUGAAAAGGAGCAUCUCAUGAAAAAAGAUUAACAGAAAUUAUAGGUGAUUUUCAAAUUUGUUCUUCAGUGGUUUAAAUUCCCCUUUAGGUUAAGGUGGAUAUGUCACCUUGAAGUGGAAAUGUUACUUCUUUAGUUGUGAAUAAAUCAUUGUGAAAUAGCUUCAUGUAUUAGUCCUGAUUAUUAGAUUCUUCAUAUAGCGAAGGUUCAAGUAAUUUUUUGAAGUUAUAAGACAGAUAUUUUAGGGAGUGAAUUAAAGCAAAUUUAUUUCCUAAUUUGGUAUGCUGAGACCUCAUAUUUAAUAGUAGUCACAAAAUCUAAAAAUUACACAAAAACAACACUUUUUUUCAUGUAAUCACCAACCUCUGCCAAAUUUAUAGGGAGAUUCAGAAACCAUGUGUAAUAACUUAAUAUUUGUAUUGUGAUACUGCCACGGUACAGCAAUAUUUGCAGGGUGAAAUAUCAGACAUCCUCUAAUGCCAUGCCUCAUGCACAACCUAGUCAUGAUCACUUUUACAGGGAAGCAAGCAACUAAUUGGAGUCUUUUCAGACCACUCAGGUCUCCGUCUGCAGGAGAAUCCCUGUGACGUUAUUAAUGAGAGUGCCUUUUACCCGAUGCAUUUAUCACAAGGUAUGGCAUACAUACAUACAAGGUAAGUUGGAGCUUUGUUACAGGAAACAGGGGGCGUUGAGCCCAAUGCAGGGAGAGCAUUAUCUGAAUAUCUGGUGGAUGAAGAUCAGUUAUCACUUCCUCACAGUCAUUAAUGAGUAAGCGCACAUCCACCGGGAUUCCCUGGCUGCACUCUGUCUUUGUGAGUGUCAGGUACGCAAAGAGUGAUUACUGUGGUCUGCAUCUGAUGGAGGUGCGGACUAUAAGCUCCCCUGCUGGACCACUAAGACUCAUAGGCCACCCUUGCAGAAAAGUGUGUAGGAGGGUUGCAAAACAUAGCGAGUAAACAUCACACACCCAAACAUUACAGACAGACCGCAAAUAUCACAAACAUUACACACAGUCGGCACACACAUUGCACAUAGCCUGCAAACCGUGUAUGCACAGUUACCACAAUCACCUCCACACACUAUGGGUUUCAUACUGAAAUGUUGCGCAUACAUACUCCAGGGAUCACUGCGUUUCACAAUUCUUUCCUAUUUAUCAUCGUGAUAUAGCCGUUCUUAAUCAUGCCUUGGACUCCUGGAAAAGCAUGACUAAUGUAUACUUAUUUAAGCUUCAAUUAAUUAUUCCUAAAACAGGCUUUGCCCUCCUUAUUGGACUUCGACACUGCGUCCCAGAUUUGAUAUGUUUAAAUGGGGGCUGUCUCUUCCCAGGAUUUUUAAAAUUAUGUUUACUUAUCCUCCUUUUUUUUUUUUUUUUUUACUAAUGUGGAAAUAAAAUUUUAAAUAUAGAAAUCCAAACCUCUGUAUUUACCUUCAUCCUGGAACUCAAACGUUGUUAUAUGAUCUGUCCUUUGAUACAAUGUUUGCAAUGCAAUAUAAACCUUGACUGUGCCUGGACCGAUCUGGAUUGUGACGUCAAAUGCACAUUUUUUUAAUAUAAAUUUAGAAGAAAACAACAAAAAGCAUUAUCGCGAAUUGUGAUUUUCAAUUGGACUGUUCCCCUUUAAUUUCUCUUAUGUUUACCCACUCAUUAGAGGUCUUUGUUUUCUGUGCUCCUAGAUGUAUGCAAUAUAAUCUUCCUCACAGCCUGUGUAGCUGUUGGCACCGAUUGUGUUUGUUUUUGCAUUUUAUCAUUGCUGAGUGUAGUCUCUGCACAUUUAAAAAAAAAAAAAAAACGUGAGUGAAGUACCCGUUAGGGAUUAUCAUAGAAUCAUUCUCUGAUAAUGUGUGAAGCAAUAAACAGCAACACUUCAUUUUCUCAGCUUUCUGACAAGUGAACAAAAUAUGAUUCUAUAAAAAAAAAUAAAAAAAAUCUCCCGACCAUAUGGCAUGAGAAAUAUGUCAACGGAUGGACCCAAUGCAGAUCCUUCCAGGCAAAAAUUCUCACGUGCUGAGUCUCUGCAUCAAGGAAAAUGCGCAUCAUCCUCAUUUUAAGGAAAAGUUUUAGCAAUUAUAUUUAGACAGUCAAAGACACAUUUGAUACUGAGAUUUAAAAAAAAAAAAAAAUAUUUUAGAAAGAUAACUUUGUAUUAGGAACAUUUCCUACAUUGCAGUGGUUCUUUGACUUCUAAGAAAAUCACAUUCAUUUUGUCUUUGUUGUGAUUAUUUAUUUUUCUUCAACCUCUUUAACCUCAGUGGUACAUUUUCGUACAAUCACUGCAUAUGUAGCUUUUUACACAAAAAUAAAUCCUGUGCUUAAACUCUCACUGCUCCUGGGCGGCAGCAACGAUUAUAGCACACAUCAGCCCCAAUACAUACAAAACAAGCAAAGAAAAAAAAAGUUACCUGAACGCCAGCCCAAAUCUCUAUGCAUAUUUAAAUAAAUGAAGGUUAUUUAGUUACUCCAAUGGCCAUUAAAUGUAAGCCCACCUGCCAUGUCAAGGCAAACCUCUUAGGUGGGUCCUCACUAACAAUUCACCUUGCUUUCUCGAGCUUCAGGCCAAUAAAUCUCUGAGACAGAGAGGGGUAUUUUUCUAAACCCCUACAUACUUAUUAACCAUUAAUAGGGCACACAUGGGAUGGGUGGCAGCAUUGUAUUUUUCUAUGUAGCUUUUUUUUUACCCUUCUGAGCACUGAAAGCUUUCCAGAGCGUACUUACAAUCUCUUUAUCCUGAUUGUUCAGAGAUUUCUGACUUUUUAAAAAGCAGCUGUCACUUUUUAAAAGAAGUAACGCCCAUGUUGUAGUCGCUAAAGACACACUCAUGGGCACACUUAUGCAUGUUUGGCCCUCCACAGAGAAAUUCUAUAUACCAACUCGGACUUAAUAGUAAGCAAUGUGGGUGCUUCGCCAACUUCUGUGUGGAGACUUUUAUUAUGUGUCUUUAAAUAUUGUAAUGACCAUUAUAAUAUAACUGUUGUAGCCGGUCACUUGAAGACCACAGCCAGUGUAAGCUGUGCAUUAGGUACACAAUUAUGGUUGUCAGAUCCAGCAUACGUUUAUGGACACAAGUCAUUUCAAGCCAUUGGUUAACGCAUGAAAAGUGUUGCCCUGCAGUAUGUACAAUUCAUGAAAGACGAGAAAUCAAUUGACCAUUCAAGGAGGAAUCCCGAAGGAAAUGUUUUUUAAGUUUAUUGAAUUUCCUGCUGCAUGUAGAUAGCAAGAUAUCACUAUUCAUGCAUUUCCCAUCAGGAUGAACACAUGAUAAAUAUGACAAACGUACACUGAUGGGCCACAGUGAUUCAAUAUCUGUGUUGCAAGAAAUCCUGCUGCAGAUGGGUGAGACAGGGCAUGAUCCUGGUACAUGCAUGUGAAAUCUGAAUGGCUGCCUGUUAUGUUACUGGUACUCCUAAUUCUUAGCCAAUAAUAUGCCAGCGUUGCCUUCGCACAGUCUUUAUUGCAGCAAAAACAAUGGCGUUCUGCUUGAUUAAGAGCAAUUCCCCCUGAUGAUUUGUAAUUGGUCCCUGAGAGUCAAUUCAAUUAGUUAAUAUGAAGCAGGCUUCUUAAGGCUGUAUUGUGGGACUGCCUUAUCCAUACUAGAUACGGGGCUCCUUUUAUUCAGCAACAGAAACAAAUAAAAUGAGCUGUAAUUAAUCUGACUUGCUGAGCACUCCAAACAAUGGCUUGAAGUGGAAAGAUCCAAAGUGAGCUUGGUACAAUCUGGAUAUAACGUCCAGACUCUACUAAUCAAAUGAGUGGAGCGCUAAAGGUAUAAACUUACCCUAAAAUAUGGUUAAAUCUCAGAUGUAUAUCAGUACAUAUAAAGGAAACAAAAAAAUAAAACACAAUAUAGUGUAAAUCCACAGGUGAUAAUGUAUUUUGGUGAUAAUUCAAGUAGUCAAACUCACAUUGAUCAGAGCCUCAAAGGGACCGGCUCAAAUCACUUGCACAGUAGUGUCGUAUGGAGACACUGCACCAUUUUGCCUGGAAUGGAUUUCCUCAAAGGAGAGAGAAAGGGAGACUUCCUAGUGUAUUAAGUUUCAACCAAAAUAAAAAACACAGUGGUUAUGGUUGUGCUCACCUUUUCCUGAGCCAAUGAAAACCUGGCUCUGGAUGAUAGACCUGGGUACCUGUAGAGGGGGGCACCUGCCCUUCUUUAGCAGCAAGAUGAAGUUAGAAGCUGAUGGGACUUGGUUUAAAAUACAAACAUUUAUUGCAACUUUAAAUAUAAAAACAAAAACAUAGAAUUAAAUAAAAAUAUCCAGUUGCUUCUAUAUAAGAUAAAGAAUGUCCCAGUAAUUAGCUCCAGUCCCAAGACGCAUUUCACCCACACUAUGGGGGCUUUUUCAAUCGGUAUCCUCAUUGUCUUCAUGCUGCUUUUUAAAUAUGCCGGUUUCUUCAUCCAGUGGGCGGUCCUCCCAUCCUAUCCCAUCCUCCAAUCUGGAUUUAGCUUCUUGUGAGGUCAAUUUCCUCGCCUUCCUUUCAUCAGGGUGAUCAGGAUCACUUCCGCUCUCACCACAGCCAUAUUGCUUGUGGGCACAUACACUCAAGCAAAAAAAAAAAAUGUAAAAAAAAAUGAAAAGGUGGCAGAACAGGUUGGUUCAUUACUAUAAUUAGUGGGGAUAAGAGAGUAUCCACUAGAGUGUGUAGCUGCUUAUUUUUAACUCAAUUACAUUUGUUUGCGCACUAUACACAGUAAUCACCAAUCUGUGUGAAGUGGAAAGAUAGCUGCCAGAGGUUUCCCAGAGUAACUGCUCUGAAUGGAAGGGCUCAUUCUCAUAGCAUGUCAUGUUGUCCUUAAAGGGAUAUUGUAGUCACUAUAACCACUUUGUCUCUUUGAAUUGGUUAUAGUGCCCGGAGUGCCCUGGCACUGUCCCUCCAUUCAGUGUUGCACCAUGUUUGUGCUGUGUGCCACAAAUUAAGAGUCCCUGGCCACCCACAGUCCGGCCCCUUCUGUAUGUGUAGCUAAGGCAGAGCUUACACACUUCCUUGUUGUCAUACCCAUUCAUACUGUCAGUUGGAGCUCUGACAGGUUAAAAGCAGUCAGCUGACGCUCUCAGCCAAUCACAGCUGCUCAGGGUAAUACUUCCUUAUUAGCCGAAGCAGCACAGAGGGGAUGGACUGCCGUGGUCUUUUGUUUAACAUUAAAACAUUACAACAUUAAAAACUGUUUAAUGCUGAAAGAAAUGAUGGCACCAGGGGACUCCAUACACUAUAACCAGUUUAAUGAGAUGAAGCAGAUACAAUGCCUACGGUGUCGCUUUAACGCUAUUUGUGCCAUUUGGCGGGAAUCCCAUGACUCUAAACAUUAUAAGUACCAUGAGGAGGGGGGAGAUCCCAAGAUCCUUAACAAUGCAAGCGUUAUUUGGAUCUACUUGACUCUUAAAGGAACACCAUCAUUAUUUUUAAAUAUCUUAACAUAAUCAAUAUGUUGUACCAUCUCUUUAUUUUUUUAAAUUAGUGUGUAUUGAAUUUUUCCAUGUAAUCCCUUGCCUAUCUUUCCCACUUCCCAUUUGUGACAGCCAUUGUUAUGCAAUUUGGGUCAGAUUGUCUGUUAUCACAGCCAGUGCUCACAAUUUGCACCUUAGGCAACGGGUUUCUUCCAAAUUGACAUGAAUGCAUAAAAAUAUGGUAUAUUAUAACAAUUUUUUUAAUUUUUUUUUUUAAAUAACCGUUUCCCUUUAACUUAAAAUUUAGUUCCAUUAGGUAGAUCACAUGGUCUUAAACCUUGAAAGUGUUUUAGGAUUCAAAAUCAAAUUACUAUUUUUUUCACAAUGAUGAGUUUUUACACCUAUUUACUAGUAAGCUCUGCUAGUGGAAAUAUCACAGUAUCUACAUUGGAGAUUUUUGUUAAAGCGGUAAUCCAGAUACAACAACAAAUUGUGUAGGUUAGGCUCAAAUAAAUUGCAUUCUAGCAUGCUCAGGUGUGCUUAUGUUUUGAAAAAAUAAAUGUUGUCAUUGUGCAUUUUAACCUUGCUGUCUCUGACUUAAAUCAUUCAAUCUUAAACAUUUCCUUCUGGUUAGUUACCUGUCUGCAUAGGCGAUAUCACACCUUCUUUUCUCCCCAAAAAUUACAUUGUUUCUCCAAUAACACAGUUGCUCAUGCCGUCACGAAGGACAGAAUACAUUUCUUAGUGUUUGAGCUAAGAUUGAAUUACAAUUUCCAGAAACCCCUAUGCUGCCCAUGAAUCCUACUGUGCGAAAAUUUAAAGUAUAAAGUCAAUGUGCCAUAUAAAGUUAUGGAAGCAUUACUAUUGGCCGAUAAAUUUAUCUGCUUAGUGCCAAAUACUAGAAACCUAAAGCCUCAGUAUUUACUCCAGCACUGCAACUUCAAAUGUAUCAUUUUUUAUUUAUUUUUUCUGUUUAUUUUUGCUAUGUUUUAAAUGUAUGAUGAAUGUGUGUACAUUCCAGUCUGUAUUUCCCCUUUAAUUAACCAGAACGCAUAAUCCAUUCACAGUACUGCCUGGUUCAUGUUAGGUCCCUGUUGUCUUCAGUGGGAAUUCGAGUCAGAAGCUAAAAGAGCAUCAUCAUGCAACUAAAUUGAAGAUUAUGCUAGCUUUAGUGUACUAAUAAUCUUAAUUUUAAUAAGGACAGGAGGCGAGUAUUUUGCAUUAACUCUCUUUACUAAACUCCACAGCAGUAAAGAAAAACAUAAAAAGUAACAUUAAAUCACUGAGCAGCAUAGUAUAUAUAAGGGUCAUGCUGCCUGUACACUUCCUCUUUCUUUAAGCGACAUCCAAGUCCAGACUGAGCUCGAAACGAUAGAAACCAACGAAACAAUCAACAACGGUCUCUGGUGAGCAGAACCUGAUGAGACUCCUGGUAAACGAGUUCGGGAGAAGACGAAACAAAGCCUUUAUCCUCGUAAGCGGAGUCGUGAGGGUAACCAAACCAACAACCAGUGGAGGUCCUGAAGAGGAUUACACUGAAAGAAGAGUAUGAAAUAGGUUAGGUACUGAACCGUAACUGGUCACACAUGAGAGCCAUAUCAGAGUGUGUCAACCUAAGUGAUGAUAUACACAGGAGUGAGUGUAAUGUAAGGUAAUACGUGUUAUGUGUAACAUGUGGUGCAACGUAACCUGGUAGACUAAGGCCUAGAUCUGGGAUGAGAGACGGGAUAGAAACUGCAGGCACCCCAAGGAAAGUAGCAAGCACUGACAAGCCAAAAGAAAAAGGUCCGUCACCUUGAGAUCCACUCCCCCGAGGAGUCAGGGUAGGGAACAAAAGGGAGGGAAAAUACUCGCCUCCUGUCCUUAUUAAAAUUAAGAUUAUUAGUACACUAAAGCUAGCAUAAUCUUCAAUUUUAUAACAUGACAGGAGGCUUCCUAUUUUGCAAUUUUAACGCUGAAGGAGAGAUGUCCCAGCAGAAGGGGGAGUGCGAAAAUAAAAGGUACGGAAAGUGGAUUCCCGAGACCAAUCCGCCGCUCGGAGGAUGUCUGACAGUGACGCCCCCACUAGGAAGGCUGAGGAAGCCGCCGCCCCUCGAACGGAGUGGGCGCCGAAAGUAGGGUCUAUACCGGCGAGGGAGAGGAUCCAUCGAAUCCACCGGGCCAGUGUGGUGACCGAGACCGGCGCGUGGGGGCGAACAUAGGAGACUAGGAGUUGGCCCGACGCCGAGUUCCGGAGCGAGGAGGUAGCCGAAACGUAUCUGCGCAGGGUGGACACGACGCAGAGUUGCAGAUCGUCUGGGGAAAAAAGGGUAGAAUACCGAGGUCGAACCCGACUUAGUGCGACAGGAAACAUGGAAAGUGACCCCCUCCGGGGCAAUCUCGAAGGCGUCAACGUCGAAGGCUCGAACGUCUGAUACCCGUCGAAAGGACACGAGACAGAGCAGGAAAGCGCACUUAGCCGACAAUUGGCGUAGGGAGAGGCGGUCAUUAGGGAGCCAAUCCCUGAAAAAACGGAGGACCAGCCCAACAUCCCAUAGGUGGGAGUACCUGGGAGCUGGGGGGCGGCGGAGCCGCAUACCACGGAGCAGGCGGCAGACGAGAGGGUCUUUGCCGACCGGGAGGUCCCCUACGGGGGUAUGGGCCGCCGAAAUCGCGGAGCGAAAAACGUUAACAGACCGAUAGGAGCGGCCCGACGAAAACAAGGAUGAAAGGAAAUUGAGAAUCAUGGGAAUAGGUGCUGUAAAUGGAUCGGCGUCCCGUUCCAUGCACCAAGUAGACCAGGAGGUCCAAGCUGAAAGGUAGCAGCGUCUAGUUCCUGGGGCCCAGGAAUCCCAUAAGAGGUCCCUGGUAGCCUGCGAUAGUCCGCUGACUUGCCAGGAACCCCGGAAAGAGUCCAAGCCACCAGGGGUAGUCGAUCUUCCAAGAGAAGCGGGUGAAGAUUCCCUUUGGGAUCCGUGAGCAGCUCCGGAAAGGAUGGAAGGAGAAGAGGAUCCCUGCAGGAGGUGGCCAGGAGGUCCGGAAACCACGGUUGGCUCUGCCACAAGGGUGUUAUGAGGACCAGAGUGACCUGUUGCGUCCGCAUCUGGUGUAAUGUUCUCGUGAUCAUGGCAAAUGGGGGAAAGGCAUAGGCUCCGGUCGUUGGCCAUUGUUGUAGAAAAGCGUCCGUCGCCUUGCUCUCCGGGUCCGGGAGCCAGCUGAAGAACUCCGGGGUUUGAUGGUUGUUGCGGGAUGCGAAAAGAUCCAGGUGAAAGAGACCCCUCCGGGUCGCCAGGGCUCUGAAGAUCCUCGUGUUCAGUCUCCAAUCGCUGACGUCCCUCCAGUGGCGAGAGAACCAGUCGGCCGUGAGGUUGAUUUCCCCGGGCAGGUAUUCGGCCUGGAGAGCGAUGUUGCGGGGUAGGCAAUAGUCGAAAAUGUCCUUUGUGAUUCUGACAGUAGACGUGAACGUGCGCCCCCCAGGCGAUUGAUAUAUCGGACUGCGGAGACAUUGUCCAUGCGUAGGAGGAUGCAGCAGUUGGAUCUGUCUCGGGCCAGGCUGCGGAUCGCGAAGGACCCUGCCAGGAGUUCCAGGCAGUUUAUGUGCAUGGAGAGUUCCUGAGCUGUCCAUGUUCCUCCUGUGGAUAUGGACCCGUUGGUGGCGCCCCAGCCCCACAAGCUGGCGUCUGACUCCAGUACGAAGUCUGGGGUGUCUCCGAAUAUGGCCCUGCCGUUCCAGGCUUGCAUGCUGUCCAGCCACCAUGAUAGUUCCUCGCGAACUUCCGUCGUCACCGGGACGAUUUGAUCGUACGUGGGCCUGUGGCGUAGGUACCUCGCCUUGAGGCGUUGCAUGGCUCUGUAGUGGAGGGGACCCGGGAAUAUGGCCUGAAUGGAGGCGGAGAGGAGUCCCACGAUCCUGGCCAGGUUGCGGAGAGGGAUGGAGUCGCGACGGAGUGCUCUGCGAAUCUCCUUGCGAAUAGACGAGAUCUUCGAGGCUGGAAGCUUUAGAGUGCAUGUAGUUGAGUCGAUCUCGAAGCCCAGGAAUUGUAUCGUCUGGGAUGGGGUCAAUUCCGAUUUCUGGCGGUUCACCACGAAGCCCAGAGAUUCCAGCAGUGUUACUGCGAGAUGAGUGUGUUGGUGCAGUCUGCGCUCGUUGGAGCAAAAGAGAAGCAGGUCGUCCAGGUAGAUGAUGCAUCGGACGUCCCUGGAUCUCAAGUGGGCCACCACCGGUUUCAGAAGUUUGGUGAAACACCAAGGGGCCGAGCUGAGCCCGAAAGGGAGGCAGGUGAAUUGCCAAGGACGGCCGUGCCAGAGGAAACGUAGGAGGGUUCGGCAAUCCGGAUGCACUGGGACCGACAGGUAUGCAUCUUUUAGAUCUAGUCUGGUGAACCAGUCGUUGCUUUGUAGGAGGUCCCGCAGGAGGUGGAUGCCCUCCAUCUUGAAGUGGCGGUACGCCACAUCCGCGUUGAGGCCGCGUAGGUUGAUGACUGGACGGAAUUCUCCCGUCUUCUUCCGAACCAGGAAAAUAUUGCUGAAAUAACCUCCCCCAUCGUAGGUCGGCUGGAUAGCCCCUUUGUCCCGAAGUUCGCGUAGUUCCGCGUUGACGAGGGAUUGGUCGGAAGAUGACGUGGAUGGGGUGAGGAGGUUGUGUCUGAAGGGGAGUCCCUACUAGGUCUAUGACAUAUCCCUGUACCGUUUGUAGGAUCCACUUGUCUGAGGACAGAGCGGCCCAAUUCUGGAAAGAAUGGGAAAUACGGCCCGCGGGGCGGGUGCAAGGUAACAAAGGAGGAAUACGGGUGCUUACCUGUAGCAAAGCGGGAACGUCCGCGUCCGCGUGGUCCCCGGCCUCUGUCCGAGCCUCGGGAGAAAGGUUGUUGCCUGUACUCCCGUGAUGGGUAGAAAGGUGUUGGUUGAGUGCGGGGGCCUGAAGGCCAGAAUCGACUGGCGGCACGGCCCCGUUGCCGGCCAGCCCUUCCAAAAACUCCUCUGGUGGUAGUGCUCCGGAAGACUCUGCGCAUAGAGGACUGCGCCUUAUUAAGUGAAGUGAACACGUUCACGUGUUUAAGUUCCUUGAGGAACGGUUCACCGAACAAUUUCCCUUGUGCCUGGGGCCCAAUCUCUUUCGUGCCAAGCUCUGCCAAUUUACCGUUAAUACGGUAUAACGCUGCUUUCCGUCUCUCAGAAGAGAGCGUAACAUUAGUGUUUCCAAUGAAACAAAAACACCGUUGUGCCCAUUCACGCACGUCGUGUGCCCAUUCUUUGAUGUCUUCGGCCGAGAAGGAAUCGGCUCUGGCAAGGGCGUCAUCUGCCAGGUACAUGAUGCGGGCCAGAGGGCCAAUGGAGUCCAGCAGGUUAUCCUGUGCGCCGAAUAGGCCUUUCUCUACCCCUCGUCGAGGGUCUCUCCCACUACGCAUCAUGAAGGUUGUCAUAACCUUAUCAAACUCGGGAGUGUGAGCCACUUUAUCUGGCAGGGAAGGGCGUGGGCAUUCGGAUCUGAGCCGGUUGCGGACCUCUUUCUCCAGGGGCUUGCGAAGCCACAGGUGCAUGAACCUGGAGAGGUGUUCUGGGGGUGACCAAUCUCCCGAUCUGGGGUGGCGGAUGUUGCGGGGAUCAAACAUCGCCUGACCCGAAGGAUCUAAAAUGGUGUCCGAAUCAAGAGGGUGUUCUGCAUCCGCAGUGUCUUCAGUACCCUCUGUCUGGGCCGCACCCAGAAGAGUCUCCCGCAUGAGAGCAGAGACAGAUUUCUCGUCCGAACCCCAAGCGUCGUCUGAAUCAGAGACGUCAGCUUGCCAUUCAUCUAGCACUGACAUGGAAUGGGAAGGCCCUUGCUCUUCAUCCGAAGAGUAAUCCUGACGCGGGGUCGGGGUACUAGCUUUGGCAGAUUUGCGCUUGGCAUGCGCCUUACCCUUAAGAGGUUUUAGUGUCUGAUCUUCGCCUUUCUCAUCGCGUUUCCUCGGACGGGAAUCCUCCCUGGUCCGAUAGUCGGACACAUCCGAAUCUGAGUCCUGGCGAGGUCGCCUGUGGGUAGGCUUGGGCGCCUCUGUAGUACGUGCCUUGGAGAGUGCUUUCUCCACCGAAGCAGCGACCGCUGCAUUGAUCAUUGCUUGGAAGUCCACAGGGACGUUCUGGGAGUCUUCCAUGGUAAGGGUAGGCUGAUGUAAAUCACGGAUAAGCACAGUAUAAAAGGGGCACCCAGGUCUUAAAUGUAUAGGCGUAGGGUCAGUUGACGUGGCACCUGUGGUGGGUAACACUCCACCCAGUAUAAAAAACCCCAGCAGGGUAUAGUUGGUGACCUUAUAAAAACUGGGGCUCACCCAGUUAGAGAGAACUGCAACAGCUAGUCUCCCAAUAAGCAGCGUGGUACACAAGUACGUAUAAUGGGGGCUCACCCCGGUUGCACAGGGUUGGUACCCUUAAGUGCAGGUCGCAAUAAUAAGCAGGCAGCAGCACUGACCUGACUGACCCAGCCACAGAGUAUAGGUUAUCAGUGUAGGUAAUCCUGGUACUCACAGUGAUGAAGUUCACAGCCACAGAUUAUAGGCAUGCAGUGUAGAUAAUCCUGUCACUUGCAGUGAUGAAAUCACAUUCACAGAGUAUAGGCAUGCAGUGUAAGUAAUCCUGUCACUCACAGUGAUGAAACUCACAGUCACAGAGUAUAGGCUGCAGGAAUUCACACUAGGGCUUCAGUCCAGCACAAAAGCAGGUGGUAGGCAGCUAAUACAGCAAGCACUGAGAGAUCCAUGAGGAAAAACAAUAUGGCCGCGUGAAUCUCACGGUAUCCGCGAUCCAAAAUGGCGGCCGCGAGUGUAUGCCGCAAGCCGGGGACUAAAUUUAAGGCCGGCCGCGGGCGGGCGCCGGCCAGGGCAAAAAAGAUCGCGAUUAAUUCCGGUCGCGAGUAGGGGGCCCAGGAGGGUACCCCAAGGUAGGAAAACCGGAGGGAAACCUGAGGGAAGCCCAGGGGGGAGCCCAGGGAGUCCCAGGGCCGGCAGAGGGGCCGGGAGGGAGAAGCUAAAAAAGGGCUAAUCCUACCCACAGCCCUAGAAUGGCAAUAUAUAAAUAUACACACAGGCAAAAACAGAAACUAAUUAAAGGCAAAGUAAUUAAAUAAGUAUAACAGACUAAUACAGAAUAAUGCAAAAAGGCUCUGGAGGAGCCAAAUAGUCUGACCUGUCUGCGUGGAGCAGUAAAGAAAGAGGAAGUGUACAGGCAGCAUGACCCUUAUAUAUACUAUGCUGCUCAGUGAUUUAAUGUUACUUUUUACGUUUUUCUUUACUGCUGUGGAGUUUAGUAAAGAGAGUUAAUGCAAAAUAGGAAGCCUCCUGUCAUGUUAUAAAAUUCAAUUUCUCAAGUGCCUUUGAAUUUUCAAUUGAACUUAGCAGGAAUCAACAAACAGACAACUCUGUUACAUACAUGCAUGUAUUGGAGAAAAACCAAGUUAAUUUUACAAGAUUUUAUAAAAAUCAGAAACAUUUUCCUUUUUUUGUUUUGUUUGUUUUUUGCACAGGCCAUGUUUUAGUUGGCUAUUAGGUUAUAAAAAGCACAGGUGACUGAUCUGCUUUUAAGAGUACCUUGCUAUCACAGCAUACAUUGAUCCUGAAGUGGUUAAUAACCACAGGUUUCAUAGAAUUUACAGCAUUACUUGUUUGAAUUAGGCAUCUAUCUUUGUAUAUAGUCUGGAGUUAGAGGUACUUUGUUUUCCAGAUGCCAAAAGAUACCGAUUUGCAUUUGCCUCUCUUGUGGGUUCAAACAAUUCAUCAUGGUUAGUAAUUGAAUGUUUUUUUACUUUAAAAAGCGGCACUGCUAGUAUUACAAAGAUAAAUUUUUUAUAUAAGAAGGGUUUCUGAUAAACCCUUUGGGAGCUUUCUCUAAAUAGGGCAACCUACAUUGUACAAUAAAUAUUUAUACGUAUAAAGACAGAUAAAUCAUGCAUGAGAACUGAUGUAAUUAUUAGUAAUCUAGUGUAAAAAUAAAUGUCGAGUGGAAUAAUUCUAUACGCACUUAACUGAUUUAAAAAAGAAAAGAAAAUCUAUACAACUACACAAAAUUGGACAACCUCACCAACGGCAGAACCUGCUGCUAUGUGAGUGAGAGGUCUACUAGAGGUCAAGGUCAUACGGUUAGCCAGCAUCUUGCUUGAACUAAACUCAAUUAGCUUUAGGAUACAGCAGUGUUAAUUCAACAACUAUAUAUGCAGAUGCCUCUCCGGCAUCCAAAAAUAUUAGAUUAUUGUUCAUAUACAUUAUAUUGCAAACAUUUGAGACGCAUGGCAUCAGCAAGCAGGUGAAAUUCAAUGAUUAGCAUACUUUAGGUCCCUGUUUAUAAAGGUUAAAGGGACACUAUAGUCACCAGAACAACUACAGCUUAAUGCAGUUGUCGCUGUUGAUGAUAAUCAGUGCCUGCAGGCAUUUUUAUGCAAACACUGCCUUUUCAGAAAAAAUGCAAUAUUUACAUUACAGCCUAGGGAUGCCUCUAGUGGCCUCUCCUCAUCUGGCCACUGGAGGUGCUUCCUGGGACAGUACUGCACAGUGUGCAACACUGCCGUUCAGCGCCUCCAAGCUCUGUAUGGAGACGCUGAACUUUCCUCAUAGAGAUGCAUUGAUUCAAGGUCGGCAUUGAUCGAAGGUGAGAAUUUCUUACUAAUAUAAUGUGAGCUACAUGUAGAAGUAUGGAAGCUCUAUAUAGUAAAUAAAAUAAAACUAUUUGAGAUUUGGACGAAAAUGAGAAUUUCAUGGAAUCUGCUGUGCAUGUGGGUGACAGGAGUGAGUUGCAAGUGAAAAUUCCAGCAGGACAAUGAUCCAAAAUAAACACAAAAUGGUUUACUGACCUCAAAAUCAAGGUCCUUCCAUGGCCAUCCCAGUCCCCUGACUUGAACCCGUAAAAAAACCUGUGGGGUGAACUCCACCAGUGUCGGCCUUGACAUUUGAAAGAUCUGGUUAGAUUCUGUAUUGAAGAAUGAUCUCUGAUCCCUUGCCAUGUAUUCUCCAACCAUAUCAGGCAUUAUAGGAGAAGACUCAGAGCUGUUAUCUUUGCAAAGGGAGGUAUCACAAUGUAUGGACUGAAAGGGUGCCAAUAACUGUGCCAGAUUUUUUAAAAAUAUUUUUUUGGGGGAGGGGAUUAUGAACCUUUAUUGUGUUUACAAUCAUUUGAUAUCCAUGACCGCAACGUAUUUUUGUGAAUGUUUCUUUUUUUUUUUUCAAUUGACCAUUUUUAUUUUUAUUUUCAUAUGCAAAAGUUAUAACAUGGGGGAUACAGAAAAAAAACAGGGGGAUAUGGGACGGUACAGUUUGUAUGGAUACAAGGCAUAGUUAUACAUAUACAAAUGGAGACAAGGCAUAGUUAUACAUAUACGAAUACAUCCACGAAUACUUCACAAGCAUAUGGGAUUAGCGUGAUGUUAAGGUCAAGGGUGCCCGAGUAGUUAUGGUGUGGUGGCGGUCUCUGUCUAAUGUGAUUUCGGUAGCCAUAUAUCGUUUGGUCACCACUUCAUACUCAUUGGUUCUCAUCUAGGUACCCUUUUAUUUAUGGCUUACGCGUCACUUAAUUCAGCGUUCACUGGGUUUCAGAUGUGUAGUCUGGUAAUCUUUUGUGUGUGUUUCCCAUAGGUCUUGUGCCUCUUUGACACCUUUUGCGUACGCCAAAUUGUGUGGUUAUCAUCAUUUUGUAUGCCCAGUUUAGUCUACCUGUUUUAUAAGAUCGGCUAUUGACGGGGUCAACGCCUUUUUCUACAAUCUAGAUAUCGCCAGGUUGUCUUAAAUUAGUGUAUGGUAUCACCUUGAUGUGUUUCGGUAUGCCUUCUGGUAGGAUUAAUAGGAGACAUAUCUGUGCGGUAUCCACCCUUGGGGCGGGUAACAUCUUCUGCAUCAAGUGUGUUACUGCCUUCCAGAAUGGUCUAAGUGCGGUACAUGUCCACUAGACGUGUAUCAUUGUGCCUACCUCCUCCCCACACCUCCAGCAUAUGUUGUUGGUUGAUGGCCAUAUCUUGUGUAAUUUGUCUGGAACUAGAUACCUUUUUUUGUGUAUGUUUUUAACAAAAUAUGAAACGUUUAAAGAAUAAAGACAAUAUUUCACAGCCUUCUUUACUCCUAUUUACCUAGAAUGCCAAUAUUCAUAGAGAGCACUCUAAAUAUUUUAUUCUUAGAAUCUUCAUCUAAAUACGCAAAACAACAAGUUUGAGUUAAAUGGUUAAAACAGAAGAGAAUAUGUAUUAAAAGGGAAUUGUUCUCGAUUCCUCCUUGUGAUACAAAUAGUGGAUUUCAUAGUUCAUUAUCAUUUAAGUGUCACAUUUUAUUAUCGGUCAUCGAGUCCAGAUCCAUCAUCAUGGUUUCAUUAAGGGGACACUAUAGUCACCUGAACAACUUUAGCUUAAUGAAGCAGUUUUGGUGUAUAGAACAUGCCCCUGCAGCCUCACUGCUCAAUCCUCUGCCAUGUAGGAGUUAAAUCCCUUUGUUUAUGAACCCUAGUCACACCUCCCUGCUUGUGACUUGCACAGCCUUCCAUAAACACUUCCUGUAAAGAGAGCCCUAUUUAGGCUUUCUUUAUUGCAAGUUCUGUUUAAUUAAGAUUUUCUUAUCCCCUGCUAUGUUAAUAGCUUGCUAGACCCUGCAAGAGCCUCCUGUAUGUGAUUAAAGUUCAAUUUAGAGAUUGAGAUACAAUUAUUUAAGGUAAAUUACAUCUGUUUGAAAGUGAAACCAGUUUUUUUUUCAUGCAGGCUCUGUCAAUCAUAGCCAGGGGAGGUGUGGCUAGGGCUGCAUAAACAGAAACAAAGUGAUUUAACUCCUAAAUGACAGUGAAUUGAGCAGUGAAAUUGCAGGGGAAUGAUCUAUACACUAAAACUGCUUUAUUUAGCUAAAGUAAUUUAGGUGACUAUAGUGUUCCUAAAUAAGCAACAGAGAAAGGCCAUACGAGAACAGUAGCGAACCAGCAAUUAGAAAUUGUUAGUAGUUUACUUUUAUUCAGUCUGAAAUGACUUCUUGAUAGACUGGCAGAGAAUUUUGGCAAUUGCAGUUUUAAUUGCAACACUUUUUUUUUUUUUUCCAAUAUCUUAUUUUUUUAUUGAAGAAAGAUUUCCAUAUUUCCAUAGAAAUAAUAAUAAAAAAACAAUACAUAAUAGAAGCAUAUGAAAAUACUCAAAGUAUCAUAGUAGGUCAUAUGUUCCAAGAGGUGCUCUGCUGAUUCAGAAGCAAGGUAACAUAUACGUCGAGUUACAGGUCAUAAUACAGUCAGCGUAUUCUAAAUGUCUAUAUAAGUACGUUUUAUUAUGAGUCAAUAUAUUUGCGUUAGGCAGUUGUAAUACAUCCCUAUAUUAUAGAGGUCAUGUCCACAGAUUUAGUUCAGCAUUGCACUUCAUUAAAUUUAAUUAUCUUAUCUGUCUUUCCCAAGAGCACAUAGUAACAAAAUGGUUUUAACCUUACUAAAUAGGCUGCCACCUGCAAGGGAUGGUGGGUUAUUUAGUUCAACAUCAAGACAUAGAGAAGUGCAGACUAAUCUUAUAAUACAAAAACUUUGUCUGAAGAACAUUUUAAAGCUGGAUUAUUUUACCAUUGAGGAGAAAAAAAAAAAAUGUUGCUAGAGAUGGACUUAUCGCAACUAACCUAGCCCUUAGCGGCUAUUUUAUGUUAUGGUCGACUGAUUGGCAAAAGAUGGAGCAUGUGCCAUCUAGCUCUGUCAGCUAGGAUGAUGUGCCAGGAGCUGAAGACAGAAGAUGGUAGCACCUGCAAUGUAAGGCGUCAGGCAGUAUACCCCCGCUGCCCUCACUUGGCACAUUCUGAGUGAGGAUGUCACCAUCAUGGUCAGAAUGUUCAAACAUUUCCAAAGAUGACAGAGCUGCUUUAACAGUUGAACAACUAGGAGAAGAUCAUUUCUAAGAAGCAAAAUAUAUGCAAAUAUUUACCUACAUGAAACAACAUUUCCUUUCUGCCUUUAAGGAUUCUGAUGUGAAACAAAUGCUGUAUUUUGUGUCAGAUCAAUGAGAAUUCAGUAGUGAAUACUUUGGCCCAUAGAUGUCCAUUGAAAUAUACUCAUUAUGCCUCAUUUAUGCCUGUUCUCAAGGUUUGAAUGCUGCCCUGACCUCAUUCUUGUGGAUAUUCCAGCCUCCACAUGUUUACAGUUUGCCUCCACCUGCCCUCGGCUAAAAGUACUCUCUAGUGUGGAGUUCCUCAGCAUUUGUUCGUGCUAUCCUAUACAUGGACAGAUGGUGUUGCUUAGAUAAUAUUACAGUAUCCAAAUCAAUAAUCUUUAUGAGCUAUGGAAUUCUACUUUUAAAUGCAAUUACAUUGUAAACUUUCUCUCAAAGGAACAUUUAUAUGAAAACCAUAAAUAUUCCUGCUUUAUAAAAGUCCCAAACAAGUCAAGUUUUCUAUCUGACAACUUUGCUGUCUGCCUUGUGUGAGAGAGAGCAUUUUCCUACAACCCCCAAUGUUUGUUUUUUUGUUCUUUCAUAAUAUUAUGUUAUUGUUAAUAUCUUCAGAACUGUUUAAUGUCAUGGUAGCUCCUGAGAAACCCCUGUUCUAGAAGACUGAUAUCUUAAAGAUAUAUUCCAAGCACCCACACAGCUGAUAUGUUCUUGCACCAGGUACAACAGUUUGAAUUGAUUGACAAGUAGUGAAAAGGAUAGAGAUAUCAUUUUUUUUAACCAGUGAUUCAGUGUAUAGUCAGUGAUAAUGAUGAUGACUUUGCACUAAAGUGCAUCAUUGGACCAUUCAUCAUUUCUGCUGCUAGGAGCAGGGUGCAACUGAGAACAUAGGAUGGGCCUACUUGAAUUUGGCAAUUGACAUAAGCAUUAAAUAAGCUUUUAAAUAGAACUGCAAGAAGCAAUGGGGCCAAGAGUCUGAAUUAGCCCCAGUGUGACAUGUCAGUUUGUUAGCAUAAUCAAGAUACUGUAGUAUAAACCAUUUUUGAGCAAAUUGUGAAAGUUGCGCAACCACCAUGGACAUCAAUACAAUGUUCCUGUUAUUGGCUCAACUUAUAGAACUUGGCUCCAAAAUUGUUAAUUGUGAACUUUUCUAUUCUAAUAUUUCGGGUUGUUGUUUUUUUGAACAUUGCAGGCUGGAAACAAGCUGCUGCUCUGUUAACAAACACCUGUACUUCAAAUUUUUUAACCCCUUAAGGACCAAACUUCUGGAAUAAAAGGGAAUCAUGACAUGUCAACCUAUGACUUUGAAAAAAAUGAAGACAACAGUGCCAUGAAGGUGGGGCCCGGCAAAUAUUAUUUUAAUACGUUGUUCAGUCUCUGCAUCCACAUCAUUAAAUUAUUUACUGGAUCCAGGUUAAGAAUAUUCUUUCUUUUCCAGAGGAUGUAGAAAUGUUUAAUUUGCAUGUUCUGGAUAAUGCAUUCAACCGUUCUAAACCCUCCAAAUGCCCCAUAAGCAUUGCUCAACCUCCAGGCAGUUCAAGGGCCCAUUAUUUCCCUUUUACCGUCUCAAUCACAAUACUGUCAGGCUUAUUGAACACAGAUUCUCAGGAUUGCUGUUCUUAGAGGAUUAAAUGAUUAGCCUUUCUGCCCUAUUAUCUUUAUGGUAUAAUCAAGUUUAAGAUGGUACUAGAGGUUUAUCUCCUAAAGUAGUUUGAAUAGACCUGAAUCCUCGCUUCUCUGUGCGUAACGUUGCUUCACAUUAUAUAGCUCUUAUGCACCUGUUACAAGCACUCAUAUUUUUUCCGUUGUCCAUUUGUUUAAACUUGAAGAUCUAUGAAUGAUACUUCAGUGCGGAAAUGCUCUCAGCGGUGAUUUAGCCUCCUUACAAAUAAAGGAGAGAAGACGUCUCUGGAGUUACACGCCAACUGCCCUGUGAAAUUGUUUGAUUAAUUUCCAUUUGAAGUGAUUAACAGUCACUUGGAACACUUUGUGCUGAGUUUGGAAACAGGUUGCCUUCUUGUUUGUGUGAGUGUGUCUGUAAAGACACAAUUCCACAUUACACUUAUAACUGUAUUCAGAAAACAUAAUUUUCUAACUUUUUUUUCUGCAUCUAUUUUUAGCAGCCCAAUAAAUUUUCUAGGAUAUUCUUUUGAGAAAUACAAAUUUCAGUUUAGCUAAAUAAAAUGACACUUAUGUUUGUGUAAAUGUAGAUAAUAUUGUCUCUAAUGACUUCUUUAGGUAGCCAAUUAAAUUAGUUUGAACUAAGCAAUUAACCGGUUCCAAGGACAGUCCACUUUCAACAGAAAUCUAUACCUCUCUGUAUGCUUACCGUUAAAUUCAGCAGCUCUCUACAGGUUUAUCAGCACUCGGGUGUUAGCACACUAAUCACUGUUCAUCGUUGCAUGGUGCUAAGAGUUAUUCCACAAUCCUACUGAGACAAUAUCAGACCCCCUCGCAUGCACCUAAGUGGAGCAUCUCGUCCUGGUGUGGGAGGAGUCUUCAAGUUUUUCCUCUUUUUUUUAUUUUUGUUAAUUUAAUUUGUUGACAGUAUUUUAGUGAAUUAUCUAUACUAAAGCAUCCCUUUAGUGCCUUCAUGAUGGGCACUGUAGAAGAUAUGGUACUGCCAUUUAUGCACUUCAUACUGGCUCCUGUACUGAGUACUGGUAACAAAGGUUGCCACAAAGCCUGUCUACUUCUUGAUGCAUUAGUCCUGAGGCAGCACAAUAACAGCGAUGUCGAGGUCACUCAAGGAAAUACUUGUGUGGCUGAUAAGAAGCAGCCCGAAUGCCUGCCACAGGUUAUAGUAAUGACAGCCAAUCACAGCGGUCCUAUGGCUUCAUUGACAACUGAUCCCAACGGCAUGCUGGGAUCAGGCAUCAGUUGGUAAUUGCUGGUGGUUUCGGCACUGACGUCAGUCCAACAAUAUUCAUUGGUUUGGCCAUGUCGUGGUAGAGUUCUCUAUAAGAUAAACAUGUUGGAAAAGCAAUUAGAAAAACAUCACCAUAAAUGUUUUUAAAUUGUGAAUGGAGAUAAAAGCGGUAAAAGAGAAGGUGCGUUAAACUUUUUAGUAGGGUAAACAUAUUUACUUUUGCUGAAAUAUACAAUUUGAACAUUUUACUUUAGGCUUUCUCCUUAAUCAGACUUCUAAGCAGCGAGCAGGAAAAUUGGAAUUUUUAUUUUUAAGCCACGAGCACCUCAAACGGUAAAGGAUUAACCUUGUGCUACACAAAUUUGCGAAUUCAUCCAUUUCACCUUCUGUAUCUGAUAUAGCAAAUUGAAAUUAAAUUCCUUAACCCUUUACUCGGCAACAAAGUACUGAUGCGUUUGUUAUAAACUCUGCGUUCGAGUUGACAAUUAUCCGUCUGUCUUGUUUCUGUUCCGUUUAGCAUCCUGGCUGUAAUGUAUGAAAGACUCCUCUUUUGUGUACUAAUAGGAUCUUUUCACGGCCUGAGAACACGGAUUCGCUAACUCACAUUUAUAAUAUUUUGCUAGCACAGUUGGCAAAAUAAUUUCAUGGUGAAAAAUGAACAUUUAGUGAAGUAGAUGAAUCAUGGAAAUAACACCAUUAACAUUACUUAAUCUGUUCUAGUUUGUUUUGAAGCAAUGUGAAAAAUAAAAGUGAAUUCCCAUUGCUCUUGCGAUUUGGAAAAACAGAUUAAUAUUUAAUCCGUGUCGAGAGGAAUGAUUCAGACAAAAUGUUACAUUGAUUUUUGUGCAUUUUGUGUUUGCGACUGCUCGUAAUCGAGCAAUAUGGUGUGCGCUUUUCUAGCACACAUGAAAUUAAAUAGAUGCCUGGUGGAAUAACUGGUGGAAUAGUCAGUUUAGUUUUGAGGACUCUUCCUUAGAUACCGGUAUAUAACCGUAAGAUUCCACUCACAAACAUACACCCGCAAGAGUGCAGACAACACACAGAGCCUUUGUGUAAUAACAAAAUUCAGCCAGGCAAACCCACUCUAUUAAUCCUUAUGCUUGAGUCAUAAUGUUAGACGCCAUUGAAAUUCCAUUAUUGUGAGUGUUUAAUAAUGGAAAGCAGAGCAGCAGGCAUUCUGGUAAUAUAUGUACCUUGGAAGAGAGAUGUGAUAAAAUAGAAAACUACAGAUAUUUUAAAGGAUUCUCCGGGCUAGAUUUUUUGCUUGACCGCAAUAAGACGGAUGCCUGUUCCUUCCGCUUACCCACUUUCCCUGAUCCAGUUUACCGUUUAUAUGAGCCCUGGGGCAUAUAAUCUGUCGUAGGGAGCUUCCAGUGGUGUACCAGAGCUCCAUUUCCUACUGACCAUGUAAAGCCAUGCAAAAUGGGAAUUGCAGUAUUGGUAAUGUGCAGCCAACAGAGAAAGAUUGUCUUAGCAUAAACAAUAUUAAGACCACACAAAAAACAGGGCUCUGACCUUAGCUGCUACUAGACAGGAACAGAACUGUGACCUAAACUGUAACAAGACAGGGCUGUGAUAACAAGACAGGGCUGUGACCUUAGCGGUGACUGGACAGGAACAGGACUGUGGCCUUGGCUGUAGCUGUGCAAGAAUAGUCGUAGUAACAAGGCAGCAACCGUUAAUGUUGUGGAAAAGGACUAUGACAUUGAUUUUUGACUAUGCAGGAAAAAGACCAUGACUUUGGCUAUGACUACACAGGAAUAGGACUAUGACCUUGGCUGUUACUGUACAGGAAGUCGACUGAUUACGCAAGAACAGAACUGUGACCUUGACUGUGACUGCGCAGGAGCAGAAUUAAAACCUUGGCUUUGACUAUGAAGAAAUGGGACAGUGACCUUGGCUAGAACAGCACAGGAACAGGAUUUAUGGCCUUGGCUAUUACUAUACAGUAACAAUGCUGUGGAGGAAAAUUACUAUGAUUUUAAUUGUGACUAUGCAGGAACAAGGGUGUGACCUUAACUGUGCAGGAAAAAAAAUUGGUUGGCUUUGGCGAAUCCAUACUUGAGAAUGUAUUUAGUGAAAGAAAAAUUAAAAGUAGCUUAAAGAAAUAAAAUAACCAAAUACCUGUAUAGUUUGAGCUGAAUAGCUCCAAGUAUAGAGGCAAUGUUAAAUAGACACCAAUGAAUACGUAAAAAUGUAAAAAUAAGAUAAAAUGCUAAGAGAGAUUUUUUUUAAAGGAUCACUAUAGGGUCAGGAACACAAACAUGUAUGCCUGACCCGAUAGUGUUAAAACCACCACCUAGUCCCCCUGGGCCCCUCAUGCCUCAAUAAAUAUAGCAAAAUCUUACUGUAUUCAAGCCAGAAGCUGUAGAUCUGCAUGCUGUUUGCCUAAAAAAAAAAAAAAAAAAAACAGUCUGCUGACAUCAGCAGAAGUGGUAGCCUGAUCCAAUCACAAUGCUUCCCCAUAGGAUUGGCUGAGACUGGGACAGAGCCAGCAUGAUUCAAACACAGCCCUGGCCAAUCAGCAUCUCCUCAUAGAGAUUAAUUGAAUCAAUGUAUCUCUAUGAGGAAAGUUCAGUGUCUGCAUGCAGAGGGAGGAGAUACUGAAUGUUUGAAUGCAUUUUAGGCAUCCAUGACCCAGGAAGGAUCUCUAACAGCUAUCUGUGGAGUGGCCAGUGAAGUUAUCACUAGGCUGUAAUGUAAACACUGCAUUUUCUCUGAAAAGACAGUGUUUACAGCAAAAAGCCUGAAGGGAAUGAUUCUACUCACCAGAACAAAUUCAAUAAGCUGUAGUUGUUCUGGUGACUAUAGUAUCCCUUUAAAGUAAAUCCUUGUCAAGGAUUUUGGUUUCCUGAUAUAGAAACAACUCUAGCCUUAAUAUUCAAUUUGCGCAAAUACAAUAUUCUAAUAUUUUGGGGGUUCUUUCCUUUAUUUUCUCUCUCUGCAAAUUGAAAACAAAUUUGCAAUUUAUAAGCCAUAUCCUCCCCUAACAAAGGAUGCUAUCUCAUCUCAUUUGAUAAAUCACUUAAUAUCCCUGGUAAUAGAAAGGGCAUGUACUGUGUUGUAUAAUGAGAGAGAUGGUACUGAUUAUCCUGUGCUUUACAUGCUGUUUUAUCUCAGAAAAGAUUAAGUGAUGUCUUAUAUCUCCAAGAGUGUGUGUUAGAGGGCAUCAAUGAAGGCUUGCAAGAAAGGAAGAUGGCUGUGAUAUGAUGUGGUCACUCUACCAGUGGAGGAAUUGUAUCCACUGAUUGGUGAAUUCAGCUUUAGAGCACUCAGGAUGAAGACAGCUAAAAUCAGAGUUGCUUAAAGCCUUAAAGCACUGGUUCUCAAACCAGUCAUCAUGGCCCUCCAACAGUCCAGAGUUUGUCAGUAUCUGCAUUGAAAUAAAUAAGGGAAAUACAUAAAGCCUAGAUUGUUGGUGGGCCAUGAGGACUGGCUUGCUAAUCACUGCUUUAAAGGAAACCUGCCACAUUACCUACUACUUAUACUCUUUAGAAAAAGAUCAGUUUUGCCAACAAAUGUAUAGUUCAAAAGAAAAAUCUAUUCCUUUCACCUAUCAGUUAAUUUUCAGAAUAGACUCUAGGCCAAAGAAUUGACGGACAAGGCAGAGCAGAAGAGACCUCCCACAGGCGGUCCUUCUUCUCCCACACAUAACAACCACAGUGCAUGCACUGUUGUUGCUAAGGUAACUACCUAGGAGACGUUGCUAGUGCUGGCUAGGGAGUAAAAGAGCGGAGUGACAGGGCAAACAGGGCAAAUGACAGAAGACUGCUGUUGAAGCAAUAGCGGACCGGAGGUAGAUGUUACAGAAGAGUAACAGCCACAAAGUUUAUGAUAUGGUGGCGCUGGAUCAGAGGGAAGGAGAGUUUUUAUUGCAAAACUUUAAAUUGAAUACAUGAAUACAUGUAGCUCUGUGAUAUAUGAUGUAUUCAAUGCAAUUGGGGGGAUUUAUGUUAAAUUGAAUCUGCCAUGACACAUUCACUCAAACUGUUGCUCAAACAUAAAUAUUGAUUGUAAUCAUUGGGGACACAAUAAUGCCACAGGAUAAAAAAAGAAAAUUCAUCCAAUUGGUGAAGAAAUAUCCUACUCAGUGACCACUUUGGCCAUGAUGUCUUCUUGACCUCAUCCAGUUGAGCAACAGACCAUAUUUUUUCCUAUAUAUUCAGACUAUGGCUGGUUAUCUAAGCUGGUUUCAUUGUGCUCUGAAGCAAUCUCUUUUGCAGUACGCGGAUAAGAAUAAUUUUUCCUUUAUCUCCUGCUGGUGGCAUGCAAAACACACUAUACCAUUUUAUUGUUCUUUUGAUUGCAACCUUCAUGCCGGCAUAGGUUCCGAAACAUUCUCAACUGUUCUAGAAAUGGAAUGAAUUUAGGAAUGUACUGCUAAAUGGCCACAGAGCCCCCACAGGUAUCCCAUCAAGAGGAGGAGGAGAAGUGGCUGGAUAAUCAGGAGAGAAGACAGCAUGUCAUUGCUACAUCUUCAGUCGCUGCCUUGUUUCUCCCCUGGCAGGGGCUCCUCACAUGUUUUUCUUUUUCUCAUUGUUCAGCACUUCCUAUUCAGUUACAGUCUUUUGUAUGAUUGUGCAAAUAAUAACAAAACAUUUUCAGUGGCGCUGAGGCACUGUCAUUUUCUCUCUUUUUCCAAACAAAUUAGUUAUUAAUUGUACAACUAAUAAAAUGCCCCUCACCCAAAAAAUUUCCUUUAUUUUAAUUGUUUUUGGCCAGUUUGCAGUUACAGCAGCUGGUACAUGGCUGUGUGCCAUGUAUUGGGGCUGAUGACUACUGUGGUCAAUGCUGCCGCCCAGGAGUAGUGGGCCCAGGACCUAUUUUUGUGUUUUUGUAUCACACAUCCAUGUUACAGAGCUGCCGCCCAUCUCAUGUUUUCCUUAUUAAGGGUUAAUAAGUAUGUAGUGGUUUGAAAAAAAAAAAUACCCCUUUCUAUCUCAUUAGAGAUUAUUUUUUACCCUAAGCUUUAGCAAACAAGGUGAAUUGCUAGUGUAGGACCAACCUAAGAUGUUUGCCUCGAUGUGCCAGGUGGGCUUCAAUCUAAUGACCAUUGGAGUGGAUCUAAAAACCUCCAUUUAUAUAAAUAUGCAUUGGGAUUUGGAAUAGUCCCACUAACUUCAGUCAGGCUGGGGCAUUCCUGCCAGGUAUAACUGAGACUAGCACAUUGCAGGGGAUCUGUGCCUUAUUACUGUUUUAUGAAAGGGAGUAACUGAUGUCACAAUGCAUGCAAUACCGAAUUCAAAAACAUGAUUGGCCCAGAUCAUAUAAUAUAUAUCUUGCUGGGAACUCUGCCUAAAUUAGGAAGUAGUAUGCCUGUCCUAGUUCUGCAAGGGUUUAUGGGAUAUUUAUUUCAGCACUGGACAGCAAGUUCCAUUCAUCAGAAAAUAUAAAUGAAACUGCUUCACUGCUUCUUUAACAAAUAGUUUAUAGUUUGAUGGUGAACAUAGCUGCCCCUGCUUAUUCUUUAAAACAACAACAACAAAAACAUAAACUACCUAUGAAGUUGGGUGAAACUAUGCUUACCACUGUAAUAUGUUACUCUCUUCCGAUCUGCCUAAUGUCAAUUCUGUGCAUAAAUUCUGACUGUGAUCAGCACGCACUGCACGCUGGCAACCAAUGUAGAAAUCUUCAGAGACAAGAAAACCUUCCCCUUCCAAUUUCCCUCCCGCCUCCCUCCAGUAUUGGCAGUUUGUUUGUUUAUUUUAAUGACGGCUUGGUGGAUUGACACUACUAGAGUGUGGUAGCCCUGCCUAGAGUCUAGAAGUGUCAGGGAAGUAUGCAGAGACAAUGUAGUCCCUAUCUUUUGACUGAGUUGGAUUUUCAGUGAAAUUCCAACAAAGAUCGUAGGAGUAUUUCAUAAAGAUGCUAUCUUUAAAAAAUACUCAUUUUUCAGGAGUGGUGGGGUCACAGUGAUGCUUUAACUAUUUAUUUGGCAUAUUGUGUAUUGAAUGCAAUACACUAAGCAUUGGUUUAUUAACGAACAAUUGUUUCUCAACCGUGACAGUUCCACGAGCAUCAUUUUCCUGUAUGAUGCAAUGGAUGCAGUGGCUAUAAAUAUAAGUAGAUUUGCAGUGUUUGGUGAUUUUAUAGCUGGACACUUCUGAAAGAUCAAAAUGACAAGACGUCUGAGUUACUGAAGGAUGUCGCUGUCACUGGUUUUAAGGUACCCGGUGAAACCAAACACGAAACACGCAUUUUAAAUUAGAAGUAAAUGUCAAGUCAGGAGAAAAAAAAUCAAUGUCAGACCGAGUUCUCUGAUUUAUUUUGUUUAUAUUUACUGGUUAUUUGAAAGCAAUGGUGGUAAUCCUAUCGUGUAAUAUGCUUGUGUGUGCAUGUGUAUAUAUGUAUAUGUCUUGAACAAUGAUGUCACACUGUACGAUCUGUUCGCUUCUUGCUUAAAGUAAAUUAAGCAGCGAGGUACUUUCACUACAAAGUCCUCACAGUGCACUGUUUAUAUCUAAUAUGUGUGUAUGUAUGUACAGGCAAAAUCUCUACUUGUAAGAUUAAAUAAAAUCAUUAUAUUGUAAAACUAAUUUCCAUUCAUCCAGUAAAAUGAACUUCAAGGAUUUGACUUAACCUGGAUAUCUCUUAUUUUAGGGAAGUGGAUCAAGAUACUGAUGGGAUGAUUUGUUACAAGGAAUUUGAAUUUGCCAUGAACUAUGGAGAGAAAGAUGAAUAAAUCAACCUGUUAUCUCAUCAAAUAGCGUGCACAUUUUGUGUGUAAAUUUUUUAAUGUAAUUUUUAUUUUUUACCAUAUUUCAUGAAUGAGAUGUUUUCAGCAUGACCGUAGUACAAGAAUAAACAAACAACAAACCAUAAACAAAAAAUAAAAAGACUGAUAAACAGAUAUUCCACACUACUAUGCAUGAUUCAUACCAGAGGAAUGAAAUUGUUACAAUAGAUCCAAAGGGCCAACAAUUUCCCAUCGUCAAUGCAUCGCUCAGGUCAAUAGAUCAUUCAAGGCCGAAGUGAAGAAUGUGAUAACAUAAGGUCUGGUUCGUCCAACUAGGGGUAAGCAGAACAGGAAAAUCAAGUGCAGCGCAUUGGACUGGUUUGGAAAUUCAUUCAAAGGAUGACAAUUUCUUUCCACCUUCUCUUUCUGAUUUGGAGUAAGAGCUGACAUCCCUUCGUCUAAACAAUUAGUGUGGAGAUUUUAAUAUAACUCUUGCUCUGUUGGGACAACUUGGCUUUUGCAUUGUAGGGUAAUUAAGCUCUUUCCCUCUAAAAUGCUUUGAGUUGCUCAGGAACAUUAGAAGAAUGAUAGUGAGGGCAGGAAGGCCUGGCAUAACUAAAGAGUUGGAGAGAGGGGUGGGGUCUUCAAGCAUUAGAUACAGCGUACUACAACAGAGCAAAAUGAGUACUAGCUUGUUUUACUUUCUUGUGGUUUAGAUGGACCUUACUUUUCCAGUGUUUGCAGCCUGUUUUAACUUCAACACAGACUCUUAGCACUGCAUCCAUUCUUAUUAGUUCACUGCAUAAGUGACAUAGCACUUGUCGUGCCAGAGUUCCUGGCUGCUGGCCGAAAGACUAUCAGCAAUAUACAUUGAAACACAGCACUAGACAAUCCAUAGCCAGUUAUUCAGAAAAAUAUAAAAUUAAGGAAUAUAUUUAUAUAUAUAUAUAUAUAUUUAUACAUAUAUAUAUAUAUAUAUAUAUAUAUAUAUAUAUAUAAAAUUAUUUUUAUUUUUUUUAAAUGAUGUGCGAUAGCAGAGGAAAAUCUGAACACAUGUCAAAUCUUAAAGUGGAUGGGCUACAGCUAUAGUAGAUAAUGGUAAAUUACUCUUGUAUCAGUUGAGAACAGGACGAUGAAGACACAGUGGACAUGGUGUCCCCAGAAUGCAUUCAGUGAAGAUUGGGAAAAAUGUUGUCUAGUCUGAUGCAUCUCCAUUUCUUCUUGGCCAUGUAGUUGGCAGCUUGAGAAUUUGGCAAAAACCAUUCAAAUCCAUCCUGCAUUGCAUCAACAUUACAAGCUAGGUGUGUAAUCAUGUGGAGGACACUCAGCAAAUGUUAUGUUUCUAUAUUUUUCAUCCCUGAGUCGUUGUGCUAACCAUUAUAUCAAAAUGGCUGCUUCCAGCAGGAUAAAAGGCCAGGUCACAAAAGCUUAUGUUAACUUAUGCUUUCUCCAAGUGCUGUUGAGUUAGCAUGGAUCAAAAUCCAUAUGAAAUGUUUCCAGGAUUUUUUAUUUAUCUUUGCAAUCAUGAAUUCUAGACUGUCUGGAGGUUCUUCAUAAGUGUCCUUAAUAAAGUGUCCAUAAACGUUUAUUGCCUUGUAUUUUGGUUACUUGUUGUUUAA